GAUCGCCCCUGGGUUCGGGGGUGGGUUGGGUAGUACUCCUAAAAAUUUCUCAAAGUUGGCAGGUCUGAAAAUGCACCACCACAUUAAAACAGAAUAACAAUAAAAAAUGUCUUAAAAACUUCAAAACCAUGAAAUCAUUAAGGAAAAAAGCAGAUUUGGGGGAAAGUAGAUUUUUGUCUUCAGUGUUUUUCUAUAAUGCGAUUGUCAAAUCAGUUAAGUCCCACUAUUUUAGUAGAUUAUUGUAAAGCAUUAUUUGUAUAUAUUAAAAACUCCUUUAAAUGAGGCUGUUUUUUUAAGUGAAAUAGCGUUUUUAACCCUAAUUUACUCAGCUGUAUUAACUACAUCUCCUUUCUUAUGCUCUCUCACACUUGACUUGGCACGUGUGUUGGGAGCGGUUGAAUUCACUUUUAAAUAUGCCUUUUCUCUGGAGAUCCCAGCCUCUUGUGAUGUGACCUGCAUGACUAAUUCCAUUUAAAGGGGAAUAACAUGCAUUAGGGCUCUCACUUUUCUGCCUUGCAUUUGCAUAAUUUUGUUUGGCAAGUUGGAAAAGGGCCAUUAACAGCCCCGAUACACACACUGUAAAAGAUCGGGACGGAGGCAGAUCAAUACUUCAUUUCAACAUCUUUAGCAGUGUCAAGGUCCAGAUCAGGAGGUAUUCACUAAUUCAAAUUCGUGCAGGAGUCUUGAGAUGCUACCAUUAAUUCCUGAUAAGAACAAACUUAUAGGCUGCCUCUCUCACGUCCUUACACACACGUUUGCUCGGUCAGUAGUCGUUUACUUUUUCUGUUGCACAGGAGCUGCUUAUUCUCAGCUCCCUUUUCCGGACUUCUUAUUGUUGUUUCAAUUACACGUUUGCCGUAUUUAGAGGGGCAUUUACAAGUUGUGACUCCCUGCGAUUCACACUAAGCACCUUGUGUUUAAAAAGACAACCUUUGACCCUGUCUUUAUCAGAGAUGAAAGCACCGUCCAAACAAGUGGAUUAAGCAGGAGGGGGGCUGUCUGUGGGAAGAGAUGACCGGGGGUUGUUGCGACUUGCGCCAGUGAGGAGGAAAUAAUCACAGUGUUACCUUCUCAUGAAUUAUUAAGUACUCUGUGCCUAUUUUAGUCCGGCUCGAAAUGCUGCAUUUCAUCAGUGGGUCUGAGUCUGUGUGCAAGGGUGUUUUUCUUUUGACAGCUGUAUUACUGCUGAUAAGCGAGACUGUGUGAGCUGAUCAAGUAGUGAGACAAGCGUUCAGAGCAGAAGCAGCACAGCAGCGCUCGAGUCACCAGGAGCUGUGGCGGCAGAAGCAGCAGCAGCACUAUCAGUCAUAGAAGAGGCAGCAGCGGCAGCAGCAGCAGCAACAAACUCUGUCCUCUCUUUUUCUCGUCUUUCUGGGGGAGUUUCCUGCUCAGAGGGAAAAAGCCAAAGAAGAAGGAAGGAAGUCGUUCAGGGCUGAUAGCUGCCAUCAAAAAACAAAAACCAAAACGCAGACCUGGCUGCCCCCAUGCCUAUCGAAUUUGUUUGCAAAAUCAAAUUUGCAGAGGAGGAUGAGAAGCAGAGAAGCAAGCAGGAUGGGGACAGGGAGAGCCUGAUCGAGGAGAGCUGCACACCUAAGGCUAAAGACUUGGCCGGGUUUGCUAACUCCUGCUCUCUUCAUGGGAUUAACCACAUCUUUGUCUCUGGUCGCUUGGGUAUCCGGCAGACUCUCUGGGCUCUUGCCUUUUUGACUUCACUGGUGCUGUUUUUGUACCAAGCGGCUAAGUGUGCCAUUUCUUACCUGGAGCACCCUCAUGUCACAGCUUUGAAUGAAGAGGCAACUCCAGAAAUGGUUUUCCCUGCUGUGACCAUCUGUAACAUCAACCGCUUUCGCUUUUCCGCACUUACCGAUGCUGAUAUCUACCACCUGGCUAACUUGACAGGUCUGCCACCGAAAAACAAGGAUGGGCACAAACCUACUGAUUUGAUGUAUCCUGCCCCUGACAUGCAGGACAUCUUCAACAGGACAGGACAUCAGUUAGAAGAGAUGCUCAUGAGCUGCAAUUUCAGCGGGCAGAACUGUUCUGCGGACGACUUCUCUGUGGUAGGUGAAAAAGUUUCUCAAAGUUUUGGGUUUUUCCUGAUUUUAAAUUAGUUCUUACUGGUUUUAUUAAAACUUUUUCUCCCCAAUUUAUGAAGUUAAAGUAAAACUUCCGAAGGUUAACAUUGUUAAAUUUCACAAACACUCACUGAUAUUGGGAUCACACACUCUGAGAGCCCUUUGUUCGUACAAACUCUGAAAACCAUCACAGCAAAAUGAGCAAUUAAAGGGAAGCUGAAUUGAAAUUCUCUUUAUGCUUGUACUUAUCUCCAGGGGCCAUGUGGUUCCCACGAUACAUGCCUAUUGCAAGAUCCAUAGCUUCGUCUCAGUCACUGAGCCGUGUCUAUUCUUCCUGUCUUCCAAGGAGCACGAGUGUUUCUCCGUGCUUUGUGUUUUUAGCCUUUACCAAAAUCUAUUAUAUGACAGAACAAAAGCUUUUUCUGCAGAAGAAAACAGAGAGCUGUCAUAUGUGGUUGCAUACUUUCUAAGGCAGACUGUGUUUUUGUGCUGCCUCCAACUCUCGGCGCUGAGAGUGCAUGGCAACAAAAUUGUCAUCGAAAAUAGCAGUCUCUUCUUUUUCCCUUUACCAUCACUCCCUGUCGCUCUAAAUCUCUCUUUCUGACAUUGCAGAGCAGCUGCCUCUCCCUCUCUGAGCUCUUGUACUUUUCAGGAGGGUUGGAGUAAUGCUUCUUCAACAGUGUAUUUCAAUCUUGCUGCUGUUAAGAUUAAAUAUUUAAGGACAGACAUACAUGAUUUUUGCAUUAGCCAGAUUGACUAAAAGGAAUGAAACAAUUUCCAUGAGAGAGGGAAAGUGUGCGUGCAGAAGUGUGUGUGUGUGUGUGUGUGAGAGUGAGAUGGAGAGACAGAAAGGAGAGAGAGAAAGAGAAAAGAGGGAGAGAGGAGAAGAAGAAGAAGAAAGGAGGAUCAGGUGGAGGAGGGAGAGUUUGUGCCUGUGUUCUGUGCACUAUUUAUUAAAGGCACUGUCCUUGCAGGAGAUGGAUUUCCCCAUCUCUCCAGCAGGAAUAGGAAUAUGCAAUUGCUUUAGUGAUGAUAAAGUAUGGGUGUCAAGUCUUAAUAGGGUGUGUUGAACAUUGAUAUGCUCACCUUCCUGGGACCUAGAGAUUCUGUCUUAUCAAAGGGAUGACAGUACACUACCUAUGAUGUGCCAAAUUACACCUAAGAAAUAAUGACAUUUCACUGUCGCUCAUGUGAUGCCUUCAACGCUGUUUGGAAGUAUUUAUUUUCUUCUGGGCCUUUUGGGUAGAGCCUCAUACGGGAACUUCAAGAUUAUCCAAGAAAUUACAGCCGCAAUCCUUGACAUGGAAUUUUCUCCUGGAGCUGGAAGUCGAACAAAAAAUUCAGAAUGAAGCAACGACGGCAUGACUAUAAAAGUUUAUCAUGUGCUUCUGAGACACGUGAUGACUAUGUCCUCUGACACUGUGACACUCAGUCCUACCGGAGUACAUUAAUUAGUGGAUAAUUCUGACAAGCAGGGCAAGUCCAUCCUGUGCCAGUCAAUAAAACAUCUUAUAGCUCUUUUUGGGCAAAUCAUCACAGAUUAGGAUCCUGUUGAAAGUUCCCCAAGAUGCUGUUUCCUCUCUGUUGGCUAUGUGAUCUGCAUUUUCAGGGGCUGUCAGUUGGAUUUGUUACAGGCUACUUGCUGCCGCCACGCAUGACAAAUCACUUACUCUGAGUCCUGGUGGGGCACACGACUGGAACUGCAGAGGAAGUGAGGAUGAAAGGAUGAAAGGACAGGGCGUUGUGGGACUAAGUGUGAGAGCAAAAUAUAAGAACUAGAGAGCAAAAAAUCCCCGUAUAGUCCUCCGACUGAUCAUUCCAGGGGAUCCAGAUGUUUUAGUUUGUUAUUUUAGACGGAAUGGGGUGAAUGCUGCACUCAGUCAAAAAUGUAGAAAUGAUAGGAAGUAAUCAGGUGCUCUAAAGGAAGAGGGACAAAGGUAAAAUUGCAGAAACAAAUAACUGUUCAGGUUAUUUAAAAGUCCAAUCUGAAUACCUGAAGGGACUCUGAAGCAGUGUAAAAAUCCUUGAUUGAACACGGACGUGUCUCUGCGUUUGGACUCGACUGAGCCGUCAUCAUCGCACGGCAGAUAAGCAGAAACAGGUGUGCAGUACAAUUAGGAUGUUGUGACAGAAGUGGAUACAGAUAACACACGUCAGAGAAGACCCACGAUGAGUGAUAUCACCUCCGUUCAUCUCUAUGCGAAGAAAUACAACAUCACAGCCCCCAGGCCAACCAGCCAGCCACACACACAGACAGUAUAGACAACAACAACAACCAGAAAAAAAACACAUUUAAAAAAAUAACAGUGACAGUGAUGUGAGCUGCACUGUGUAUGUAACCAGCAGAAAUAACAAGAUUUAAACGUAUCUUAUCAAAAAGGGUAAUUAUAAACAAACCAGCUGGAGGUCAGAGCUAAUAGGAUGCUGUGCUAUUGUGAUGGUAAUAAUCGCAGUAAACCUACGACUGAAUGGAGCAGUAGAUGACACCCUUGCUGUGUUUAACACCUGUUUCUUAGUGACUGCACAGACAUAUCCUUGUUUAAUAAAGGAGUUUUAUUCAGCAUCAAAGUGCCUCAGAUCCUCAGUCUGUUCUGCCUUUUCUCACGACCAUCUCUGUAAAUUAUUUGAGCUGUCAGUGAUUUAUUUUGUUUUAUUUUAUCAUCAGCCGCACUGAUGUGUCUCUUGGUGGAAUAUUAGACUUUAAAGAAAACUCAUCUUGUUUUGUUUUUUAUUUUAGAGAUUAUGUUCUGUAGAGAAAAAAGGAGAGGGGGGCAAACAAAUCUAAAUAUAAAGAUUUUGUUCUAUCCCUCAACAAAACUUCAAUCAUUUUCACAUUUCAGUUCACCAGGAUGAACUUCUCCAAACUGUGUGCUUGAAAAAACUGAAAUUACAGGUUGUGUACAUGAUGUUCUUUCAAUGUUAAGGUUAUUCAGUCAUUAAUGAAUUUCAGACUCUAGUGCAUUUACUGCAAAAGAGAGUUUAAUAUAUGAUGUUGUCGGUCUGCUCUAAUACAUGGAAAACACACGAUCAUAGCAGAGACAUUUGUUUACCUCCUUCCUGCAUUGUGGCUCGGCAUCAUUAUUUUGCAUAGUUGAUAGGGCCAUUCUUCACAAUUAAAGAUUACAUUAUUGACUUGAAUAAAUAACAUGAGAUAAAGCUGAUUCAACAAGCCAUAAAUAAACAGAUUAUUUUUCUUCUAGUCUUAGUCUGAAUAAUUGUUCUUCUAUUGUGUGUUGCUGUGGCAGAGAUGAGCAGCAAGCCCUUUGGCUUUUUUUAAACAGAGCUCGGAAUUGGUUUGCUGUGACUCUUCGCUGUGUUUGCUGCUGCAUUAUCAGAUUUUGCUCUCAGCAAGGACAGAUCCCUUCUGCAUAUAUUCAUGGAGAUAACUAAAUAGCUAUAGGGUGGCAUGGGAGGUGAUCUAUAAAAACCCUGGGUUAACGGGGACAACACUGAAAAGCUCUGCACCUGCAAUUUGUCAUUACAUCAACCCAAGCCUUCAUUGUGUCAAUAUGGAUAAUUGAAUGCUUAAUAAUAGGUACUAGAGAUGAUAUUUACAGUUUCAAUGAAAAUCCAUUCAGCGACUAUAUGGUACAAUAAAAGCUGUUCGGGGUUGAAGUAAUUAUGUGUUCAUCAUAGAAAAUAGAUCCGAGUUAGGUUAGAGACAUGGCACAGAGAAAUAGUGUUAGAUUUGAUGAUAACAAUGAGGCUAAGGUUAUAUUAGUUCUCAGAGAAGCUUGUACUAAAAGUAUGAGAUUGACAUUUGUAGGUCGGGUUUGCAACAACAGUGUUUAUAGCAGGAGACAUUAAGGCUGUGCCUAUAGGUUGAGUCAUUGUUGUGGAGUUUUUUUAUUUUUUUUUUUCCACUUCAUAUCAAGAAACCAGAGUAAAGCAGUAAUGGUCCAAGGUCACACCUCUCACCAGUCUAUUACUGAUGUGGUCGGAUGUGUUUUUAAAUCCAAAGAAAAUACAGGAGAGUGAUGACAACUGUCACAAUAAGAAAUUCUUUCUGCAUGUUCACACUAAGUCCUGCAGAAAGUAUAGCCUUUCAUUCCCACUCGCUUAUAUACGUGUGUGUAUGUGUGUGUGUGUGUGUGUGUGUGAGAGAGUAUCAUCUACUCCUCUAAUGGGUCCAAAUUCUGCACAUCCCUUUAUCCACCCCCAUCCCCACAUGCUCGCCGAGCCAGCCGCCUUCCCCUCAGGUGGAGAGCACAGAGUGUGUGAGCGUGAAAGUGACUGGCUGACUCGUCUGGCGUCGCAUACGACUGUGUGUCAAUUAGCUGUCUACAGUUCCACUGUUGUGGGUGUCCCUGCAAGCUUAGCAUGCUGUCUGACAUCUGAUCCACACACCCAACCCUGGAGGCCAACACUGAGGAUUUCUACAUCCUCCACAAUCCAUAAACAAAGAGACAAACUGUCUUCACUGGUUUUCUAUUUUUCUUUCCUGCAAAAUGCAGAAAAAGGGAAAAAAAUAAUAAAAAACAACAGAACACUGAUCCCUUAUCUUUAAGACGAGGGGGCUGCCUUUCCAUCCCAGUUCUGUCCUACAGCUCUCAUUUCUCACCUUCUCCUCCUCCUCCUUCAGUAUUUCAGAGAAAGAUGAAUUACAGUGUUACUGGUUGGCUGCUUCUCCUGAUAUGCAUCAGCACUGUCUAAUCAGAUGAAGCCCACCUGUGACCAUCCCCCAGAUAACGCCAAUAAACAAACAGUUUAUAUUCAAAAGGAAUUAACUUUUUCAUCACUCCUUGAGCUGGUUUAAGACCUUUCCCUGUGUUAUGGUUUGGAGUGCUGGGUUUGAUGAGGACAGUCGGAGGCUCAGGAAUGGCUUAUAACUCCACGAUAAAGGUUUUUGAUCAGGUGCUGUUGCUAACCCCCCCUUUCCUCAAACCCCUGGAGUCUUUUACUGACACAGACAUUUGUCAUUCUCUGACAAUUCAAACACCGAGCUGUUGGUACUGCUAAUGUGGCUGCAAACACACACAUGCACGCAAGCGCUCGUGCACACACACACAUACACACAGAACGUGUACAGUGUAGAUGGAAUACUCGGUCGUACGAGCACACACAGGUUCACUCGCAACCUAAGAGAGUUGGCCUGCAAGAUUGAUCAUGACUCCUGACUGGUUGCCCCUCCCUUUCUGGAGGAUCAAUACAUCCUUCAGUCAGAUUGCUUCCCUGCCCUUCCUACUCCAGCCAUGGUGUGACUAAUUAUCUUGUGCCUGUGUUUAGGGCCAAGUCUCAGCUGCAUUUGUUGAUGCUGUAUGACUUGUGGAAGAAUUUGAUCUUCAGAGCAGGAUAUCUUGUUUGUUUUAGCAUAUAGCCAACCACAGAGGAUCGAUAUACACUUUCUAUCUUUUCCCUGGAGAGUGCCAGAAUUAUCAAGUAAUAUGACGGAGGUCAGGCCUUGAACUGUAUGUGGACGUGUGACAAUGAGCAUUUUUAACAGUGGAAUAAAUAUUUUAUAUCAUCCAAAAGCCAAAGUAGAAGUUGUUGAUGUUCACCAGCUCUGUUUGGAGAAGGAGUCACUUUAUAGAAAGCAUGAUGGAUAUUUAAAGGUGAACGCACAUGUGAUUGUACAUACAGGAUGGAAAGAUAAUGCAACUUUGGAUCUGUAAAUAUUUUAGAAAUAAAAAAAUAUGAGAAAUUUCAGACAUUUUCUGCAGGGUCUGUCUGCAUGUCCCAAAGGUAAAGGAAACACACACACAGUCUUUCUGAUUUAUGUAUUGCAGAUGUCUUAAAAUUAAGUUGGUUUGGUCCCAACAUCCUUUGGUAACCCUAUUAAAUUAAUCCAUUUAAAACAAGCUGCAAACUACUCAAGUGUAUUUAGGGGAAGACUCCUCAAAGAUGUCUGUUCGCUUUCAUUAAGAAAGGAUUUUAGUUGUGAGUGUGCAAUUUUUAAGAAAACAUUAAAUAAAAAAAACAUCUUGUUGACUUAAAAUCCCUUUUGGUUAAUGAAGCAAACCAGCACUGCCGCACAUCUGUCAGAUUUUUAGCCCAGGAUAAAAUGAUAAUGAAAAGCACUCACUGUGCAGAUUAUUAUGAUUAUCAAAGUAUUUGACCAAGCAUACUUUAAAUGCUCACUUUUCUCUGGAGCUGCCAGUGUGGGCUUUUUAUUUUGUCAUGUCUCUCAGUCUCUGAAUGCAUUAGUGGAAAAUCCUCUGAAAAAUUUACUUGCUUUUAGGCAACCAUCACAUAAUGGGUUUGUACUUCUUCAUUUCCUUCACACUUACAGUUUAAUUACUUAGUGAGAGAUAGCACAUGCAGUAGGUGCACAAUAAAUAGAUGAAUAAAUAAAUAAGUAAAUGCAUAAAAAGACAUCUUACACAGUCAUCUAGUUUAAUGCAUUAGUGCUGUUUUUAUUAAUGAAACAGCAGACUUACACAGAGCUGUAUCUUUUCAUUUUUAAAACAGGGAGAUUUACUGACACAUCCUCCUUUUAUUUGAUUCUCUUUUUUUUCCUGAAUAUCGGUGUCCAGCUGCCUUUAUAAAUAAAAUUCAAAUAUGCCUCUCACAUGUGACGCUUUGCUUGGGCAGAAAUGACUCUGGGAGGGAGCGUACAUUUUAGAUCGCGGACUCCAUACCGCAGAGGUUUGAAAAUAGAGCAGUGUGUGGGAUCAUUUGGAGAACACUCAGAGAGUAUCAGGCAGUAGUACUUUGUGUCUCCUGACACCCUUUUGAAAAUGUUUGCUGAAACUGGAAAAGAAACAAUCACUGAUGUGAACCAUUUUAAGGACAAUGGUGUCAUAAAAAUAAUCAUUUUCAUAUUUAUAUUCAUAUUAUUACUAAAAAUAAGAUUUUCUUAUAUUCCUGAACCAUUAUGUUGUGAGUUAAUUUACCUUUUUAAGAUAAAAGGCCAUCUAAUAUUUGUCACUAAAAAUCUGUAAGCCUGUUUCGUUGCUGCGUUGCGAGAACAUCAUGAACAUCCUCCAGAAUAUUUGUCAUUGUUCCAACUCAUUGUGUGCACCUUCCAUGGAUUUGAUAUUUUAAAAAGGUUUGAAACGUAGAAAUCAUUGCCAGUGUUGCUUGGAUGAAAAUGUCAGUCGGCUACAAUUCAGCCGUUGGAAAUAGCAUACAGCACAAAUGUCACAGUGAAUAUUUACCCCUGGCCUACUCUGAAUUCAAGGGGCUCGCCUGUCCGCUUGGCUGGACACUUGGCCCUUAUUCGGAAUUAUGUCUAAUGUCACACACUUGCCUGUGCCCCUUGCAGCUUUUUUGGGUUUGUUACCACACACGUUGCGCACAGCCUUGUCUCUAAAAACAUGCUCUUUAACAUCUCAUUUCUGUGUCUCCUCUCCCAUUGGCUUCAGUUAUGCAAACGAGUUCGAAUUAAAGUACAGGAACACUAAAGCGUCAUGGCAGGUGUAAUGCUUUGUCUGAAUCGGUAUGACUUUUUGGUGUAAUCCACCUGAACAUGCUUGUCUGUGUGAUGGUGUUUGACAUACCUUGUAGCAUCUCUUGGGGGGUAAAUCUGAUGGUUUGUCAAGUGGCAUUGAGGUUGGGUCAUCAGCAGCAGCAGCAGAUGCGCCCAAAGCGUUUCCCUUGUACUCUUCAAACCACCUGAAAAUCCCUGGCAGUCUUAGUAACCAACAAAAGGUUAAUGAAACAUCACGCUCUGUUAGACAAAGCUGAAUUAUUCAAGCUACUGCCACAAUAAAGUCAGCGGUUCCUGGUUUAUGUUGGUGUACUGUUUCUGAAGCAAAAUUUCAUAAAACCAAACUGUGGUCUUUUUGCCACGUUUGAGAGCGACUGCACGGCACAGAUGAAGCCAGUCAGUGUCACUUGAACCACAAUAACUCUUAAACUUCAAAGGAUUUCUCUGCCUGAGGAGUCUGGGAUUCUCACUGAGCCGUAGCACUGACGAGGACUGAGAAAUAUCAGAAAGGACUUAAUAGUGGCCAGCACUGCCAUUGUUUUAAAGUGGAUUUACUCAAGGUCUGUUUGUGGUCUAUAAACUGGUGCAGAUAAUUUACUGUUUAUUAUGGUUCCAUCUGUGUUUGUAAUUCAGGUUAAAGGGGGUUGGUAUGCUACUUUUCAACAUUAACAAGAGAAAAUGCAAAAUUACAAUGUUUGAUGUCCAUAAUAGAUGUAUGCACAGUUUUAAAUCACGAGGGUAAUAUAUGUUGUCAUAAUCGUGGAAAAUAUAAACUGCUCAAAAUCUGACCUGGCGAUAUAAUAGGACGGUUCUAAAUUAAUGACGUCAUUGUAAUAGUCUUUCCUUGCAAGUUCAUCUGUGCUUCCCGCAAAGCUAAAAGUCCAGCCUCCAACAGCGUGGGAGGUGAUACCCACAGUGUAGCUGCUCUGCUGCUCUACUGAUUGACCACAAUAGAGGGGCGGGGCCAAACAUUGAGCUCGACUUAAAGAGACAGCAGCAUCUGAAAAUCAUGUAAAGAUAUUAAAGAGGAAUCAGACAGGAAGCACAGAGUUUAAAAAAUAUACAACACUCUCUGUUUAAUAAGUCUUAUAUAUAUAUAUAUAUAAUGCAGGGUCUGAAGUGCACAACACUAUGUGAACUGCUGUUUGUCAAAUCGUGUUUUGCUAGUUAAGUUGCUAGUUAAGGUUCACUCUUUAACUGUAUGUUGUAUAGAAAAUAACAAUGACUCUUGUGCUUUACACACUGGGCCCUGAAUGUUAUUGUUUUAGUUUUAUUGUGAUUUUAAAAUAGGACCAACAGUUUCAAAUUAUUUUCUUUCUUUAGUCAACCCAAUAAAAGUUUGUUUAGGCUUUAUUUAUGUACACAUUAAAGAGGGAAACAGGCUGGUACUAUUACGGGGCAUACUGUUGUUUUUUCACUGCCACCCUCCAUGCAUGCCAUUUUGGAUGGUGGCACUUACUUUUUUCCCUCCAAUCAUCUCAUCCCCUUAGACACAUCAUGUCCACAUCUUGUUUGAGUUACACAGGCACUGUAAAUCUUCUUGUUGGCAGCUUUAUCAUCAGGCUCUGUCCAUGUUGACAAAACACUUGACCUUCAGGUGCAGCAAAAUGUCAUCUGAUAUAGCACACUGAGUUUGGAUUGCCACCACUCAUUUUGUCAUCUAAGCACUGUAUUUUCUCAUGUAGAAAUGUCGAGCAAAUACGUUACAGAAUAAGGAGCUCCUGUAAAGCUGAAUAGUGACAGACGACAUAGAUCCUCACAUCAUUAGCAGGAGCGUUACUGAAUCAAUCUCUUAGUGGAGAUGAUCACGACGGAUAAAUACCUACAACACGUACAGUACUUGGAUGUCAAUGUGCAUAUGUAAAUGCAGCAUUUUUACAGUUGUUAAAAUGUAAAUGUUUGAGUGUUAAUGUUCUCUUUUUGGAGAUAGAAAGUGUGUGACACUUACAAAUCUGUGAAAUGGUAUUCAUGCUGAAAACCGUGAUUCUAUCCAAAGUGACAGUGAGCAAAGCCGGGAUGCACUGAGGUCCUGCAACAUUUAAGAUGAUAUCGUGCAUUGCUUUGUCAUUCUUCAUGCAUUAUGCAACGCUUCAUUCAUAUUUUGAAAAACACAUUGUUGUCUCCUCUUAAGGACAUCUUUUGACAGACAACAGUUGUAGAUUUUAGCGCAGUGUACAUUUGUAAAGCUCCGUAUAUCUGCAUUCCUCAUGUCCUCUCCAAACAUGAUUCCGAGCCAUUGUUUGUCAUGUCUGCUUAAACAAGCGUGUAACUGUAGUCGUGUUCCCCAAUGGUGUUGUCAAGAUUAAUUCCUUGUUUUUCUAAUGCAUGCUAAUGAGAAAGUUGCGUGCAUUUGACGGUCAAUAAUGUGAAAUACGGCCCUGCUCCCUAAAUGCUGUCUGCGUUCAAUAACCUAUUAAAGUUGAAUCACAGAUAACUUGGCACGGAUCAGGAAAGCAAUCUGAAUUUGUGCUGACAUUGAUCCAGCAGGAAGGAGACCUAUUGCUCCGAUUAACACUGUUGCCCCAGGGGAGGAGUCCCUUGGCCAUUAAUAGCCCCCUGUCCUAGAUUUUCCUUAGAUCACAUAAAAAGAUUUUAUUUAUGAGACAUAAGGAAAAAUGCAUCAUAGUAACAUACAGCUGCACCCAACUCAAAUGUGUCUCGGAGUUGUGUUGAUGACCACAGUGUGCUCCUGUUCCGGAUAAUAUAGAUAAUACUUUCUAAAAUGUUUGGCUUGUGCUCUGGGAUGCUGUAGCAUUUCCGCUUAAAUGUCAGAUUUGUCCAAUCUCUUUCAUAACUAUAGAGCAGCAGCAGGAAUUACACCAAAAGACUGGUACUAUAGUGAGAUCUAUCUCUAUAUCAAUGAUCUUUAAAGGGGGGUACUAUGAAUUUAUUCAGACUCUAAACUUCCUUUCUUCAAUAUCUUUACAUGAUUUUUAGACUUUAAAAAAGCCUCAAAGUUCUUUCAUUGAAGUAUUAAAAUAUCUUUAUUUCAGCUCCACCUGAGACACUUUGUCUGAGCUGCUGUCCCUUUAAGCCCACCCCAAGUAACCUAACAGUUAAAGACACGGGUACUUUACUAAGUUCUUCAAAUACAUCUAACAUGUGACGACAUAUGAGCUCAGAGUUUAAGGACUGUGACUGUUGGUGGUUGUGAUUUGAUUUUGUUUUAAUACGCCAAAUUGUGAAUUUAUGGGUUAUUGUUGUUCAGACAAUUGAGCUAAGCUAGCUAGCAACUGCUAAUGUCAGCGUUGCCAUAGCAACAAGUGACACUGUGCUUUCCUCUACCCAAGAUGCACUGUGUAUAGCGUCAUUUCGUACAUUUGGUCCUGUAUUUGGUCCGGUGAGCUUUCACACUGCAUACGAACCGAACGGAGACCCACGUUUUCAGGCGGACCAGAGUUCACUUGUUUGGUCUGCACCAGAGUUCAGAUGAGCUUUCACACCUGUCCAAACGAAGCGGACUAUCUGAGGAAAAACGAACUCUGGUCCGUUUAAAGUGGACCAAACAGCGCUGGUGUGAAAGCGACCUAAAUAUUAAUUGUUUGUAACUCAUAAUGUACAACACUGACAACACCAGGACAGCCCAAACUUAUCGUAAAACCAAGUUAAGCAAAAAAAAUCGGUGAGGUAUAUUUAAUUAUCUGGUAAACAGACUGAUAGGGAAAUUAGUCACUGCCUAAAGGAAACAACGUAUGUGCAUGCGCCAUUAUUAUACCAUGCCAUACAUAUAUAAUUUUAUACGGAAACAGACAUAUUUUUGUAUAUUUACGACUGCCGCUCCAUUUCUAUCCUGUUGUUCUUCGGCUAAAUAACAAGAUCUUAAAAUGUGGCAUUUUAAGUGCUCUUGAUAGCAACUGAAGUCAGGAGGUUGGAAUUUCUAUCAACUGUUUCGUGCACUUCCGAUGGCAUCUCCGAGCCAUUUAAUGGGUGUUUUGACACGUUUUAAAGGUGCACAAGAGCAUCUGUAAAAUGCCAUGGACCCUUCCUAAGUGUGCCAAUUAUUUUAAUACCAGAUGUCUGAAUACUGCAGUCGUUUAAUGCAACUCAUUGGAGACUGUUAUAAUUAGACACACUCUUAACAUUAUUGUCUGCUUCUACACUAAGUGAAAAGCGUAUUACGUGUAACAUGGUUUGGCAUGACAAACAGCACAUGCAGAAUCAAGCCUCCAGAAACCAAAAAGGAGAAAGUGACAAAUUUUUCUUUUUUUUUUUUUUGAAAGUGCAGGCGCAUCCAUGUGAUUAUAAACACUGUGAUAAGGGCAUCUCCUUAAAAUAAAUAUGACCAGUAAUGAGGUAUGGCAUCGCUAUUUACGCAUGUCCUUGACAUUCACUUUGAGGAAAAGCAAAGGGAGUAGCGGCAUCCUUCUAAACAGAACUUGAAAGUCCAUGGGAAGGGAUAAAUGUCAGUGGGUUUCACUCACAAAUUACAGUUCUUUUUUCUUCUUCCCUGACCUUCACCAUGUCUACAAUAAAGAGAAUUAGCUGGCUGUUAAUAAAUAAUUGGUAUGUAUACUCUGAUCAAAGUGAUCCCCCGAGACAAAUUGGGUAUGUCUUCCAUAAAAUCAUGCCCUUAAACUGACAAUUAAUCAGUGUGCUUAGGUAAUGAUAAAUAAUUAAUUAGCAUGACAUUGAGUGACUUUUAGGACACGGUGACAAUUGAAUAAAUCACGGAGCUCCACUGUAAGCAAAAUAAGUCUGAGGCUGCAGCACCGGUCAAAUAAAUCUGUUGUGUAUUUGGAGAUCAGUGUAAUCUAAACGGUGUCAUCAUAUCUCUUUUGGCAAGAGUUUCGCCUAAGGAUACUAUUUGGCUGCUUCAGUGGAAGUGUAUUGUGAACCAAUCAAUAGAUGUAGCAGGCAUGAUUAUGUUAUGAUUAUACACCAGAGAGGGCCUUGUAAAGCCCGAAGAAAGGUGAUUUGAAGAGAGGGGCCACACCUCUUGGCACAGUUCUUUUGGCUGAAAAAGCUCAGCGGGGGAACACGGUCAAUAAGAUAUGCUGCAGCCCUGCUUCAGGGACCAGCUGGCUAGGGAGCAGAAUUGGAGCCCCCCCCCCCCCCCUUGUUUCCACCUGCCAUAUGCUGCUCAAGUGCUCCAAAUCAAGCCAAUAUUUUCUUCAUUUCCUUGCUAACUGACUCAGCCUGCAAGAAAGUCAUCUGUUUACUUUGUCAUGAAAUCUCCAUUCAAAGAAAGAUGUCCGUUUAUUUCAGAAGGUCGUUUAUGAACUCAGUAAGACACGAUCUCUACUAUGAGAACAACUUCACCUGCAGGGCUGGUGGAGAAGAGGCGUCAUAUGAAUUUGAUUCUUCAAAUAUGUUUACAUGCACAUGUGAGUUUAAUAAAAAGGAAAAUAAUCAGGACUACGCAAACCCCCUAAUGUACACAAUGCAGGCAAUGAGGGGCUUCAGCCCGAUGUUAACAGACAACACCUGUAUACAGGGUGGAAGCUCCCAGAUACACAGAACCCUCAGUCCUACAAGCAGCAGCAUAAAAUGUUGGGAUUAGCAUCUCAUUAGCUAAUAUUUGGGCUUGUGGAUUUUAGAUGACAGGAGUGAGGAGUGGAGCAAAAGGAGGAUUGUUUAAAGGUCUUGUCCUAAAAGAGAUUUCAGUUUUUGCCCCCAUGUCAAUGAACAGUCUUAAACUUCUUUUCUGAAAAAUUCCUGAAAAAUUCUUGCUGUUGCCUGAACUGCAGGUAUGAUCACAAACAGCCUAAUAUUUCAUCCAGAAUAUUUCCACCGAGCCCCCUGGUUCAGUUUUGGGCUGGAGUCGGGGUGAUCUUAUGUGACAAAGCAGCAGCGUGUUUUCCAGAGAAAUCGCUGAUCGAUGGAGAUGGAUGAUGACACAUGUAUCAUACAGCCGGUGUUGGAAAAGCUACUGCUGCACAAGGCCCAGGCAACCAGUUUGCACAAUUAAAAUUUUCAUGUCAUAAAAAGGACAACUGUACCAUGAGAACAACAUGAGCUUUUAUUUGUUUGUUUGUUUGGUACGAGGAAACUUUCGGGAUUUAAGGAGAAAUAUUUUAAAGUAUAUCCUCCAUCAAACAAUACUCUGAGUUAGGGAUGAGGAUCAAUAACCAGGUCCAAAAACCUGAUUCAGUAUUUGUCAACACACGAAAAAACAAUAACAUUCGAGUUCAAAGGUCAUGUCCAAAACAAAAAACAAAAAGAGAAAAUGUCUUUUGGUGAAAGAUCUGUACGAUUACAACAGUUUUAAUUAACACAAUAUACUAUUAUCAAUAGUAGACUGAUGUAAACUCUAUAAGCACGAUUAAAAAAAAUGAUUUUAUUAAACUGACGUAUCCUCUUACUAACAUCCGCACACGUACGAGGACGGAGUACUCUGAAGAACAUUUUUGCUUAAAUCUUUGGUGGCAGUUUGCUUCUGAAAUUAAUGGCCCCGGCAAAAGUGGCUUCUGCUCCUGCCCAGUCUGUCUUAUCUAUGCCAUGAACACGUGAUUCCAUGGUACCCCCCCGAGGAUAUGUUAACACAUCCCACAGAGCAGUAAACUGGAAAAGACAAGAGCCCUAAAGACAGAAGGAAUAAUCUGCUGGUUGAAAAAUAAAAGUAAUAUCUAAUGGGAUUCUGAGAAUUUUGUACAUCCAGAUUAUCCCUCUUUUUAUUUAUUUUUAUGAAUCAGAUAAAAGUAGGAUGUCUGUUUGCUCCUCUUGGAUAGUCCAAAACAUACAGCUAAAAAUAAUAUGAAGGUUUAUUUCUGAAAUGACUCUUGGAGAUGCGCUGUAACUGACAGAGGUAAAUUAAACAUAACAAUGCCUGGAUUACUAUGACUGUCUAAAGGCUAUGCCACUAAAUCACCUCACACACAGCACUUUGCAGCCUUGCAUUAUGAAGUAAAUGCAACAGGCGUACAUGGGGUAGUAUUUAGAGACAAGAUUAGUGUGGCAUUUUCAGGUGGCUGCAUGACAACUAGAACCAGAGAGAUUUUUUUCCCUGAUGAAUUUUCAUACGUAGCUGUGCAGUCUUUACAUUUGUUAGGUGAACUCAUUUCCCUUUCAUACAUGUGUGACUGAAUGUUGACUGAAACAUCAUCGUUGUGUUUACUCACCUCUAGACAGAACCCUAACAUCGUUCCAAGUCAGAGGACUCUCUCAUCGUAAAAAUGUUCCUGUCACUUCAGCCCGGCAGUAAAUCACACUGUGAAUUUUACUUAAAAGUGCCGACUCAUUGGUCACAUGAGUCCUGAAUAAUUAUACUAAUAAAAUUUUUAUCCACCCUUAUAAAUGUUUAACAGUGCUCUAAAUGCAAGGCUAUUGGACAGCAUUGGCAUUUUGCAGUCAUCUGAUCACCGACAGUGCUUUUACUCUCUGUCACAUUCACAUGUCAGUACCAGGGGUGGGAGAAAAAAUCGAUACAGCAUAGUAUUGCGAUAUUUUGUCUGGUGAUAUAUCGUAUCCUCUCAUUCACCAAUUAUCGACUUUUCAAAAAAUUGCUAAUAUGAAGUCAAAUCUAAAAUAAUGAAAAAAUAAAAUCAAUUGUUUGUCCAGUGAGGUUGGCGGAGGUGAUAGAACAACAAAUAUAGCAGCACCUGGGGAAAGACAUUAGAAAUGCAUUUCAGCACGCAUUUUAUUUGACAUGAACAUGACAUAUAAGGUUUGCAGGAAGGGCGACAUGAAAAUAAAAUAUUGUGUCAAUAAGACAAACAUUAGGGAAAGACAAAUGCUAAAUCAGCCAAGCAGUUGGAAAAAUUGUACAAAUCACAAUAUAUGGUAUCGCAAUACUCACUGUAUCGAAAACAAUAUCGAAUUGUGGCCCAAGUAUUGUGAAAAUAUCAUGUCAUGGGACCACUAGUGAUUCCCACCACCCAUUCGAACCACAUUCCUAUACUGGCCACAGAGGGCGCUGUGUAAAGUGACCAUCAGCACUAACUUAUUUACCUACAUUCAACCACUGCUGCCACCAGGGCUAUGUGGAGAUCAGGAGGGACCCUCUGACAUGUGAUUGAACCGCCAACCUUUCAAUUUUGACCACUCGUCCGUGCAGCAACAUUUCUGUGCUGAUUUUUUUUAAAAUGGUGGGUUCAGGGACAGGGAAGGAAGUGAUCGCAGAGGACAAUGCACAUCUCUGCGGAGGCUGGAUACAAUGGUUCAGGGCUAAUAGGCUGCUGCAAUUUCAGAUUUUUAUGCCCUGGUUUUAACAACAUCUCGCUCAUUCGAGGGAAAGUUAGAUUUUUCCAAAUUUAGACUGAACACAUGAAAGUAAAAUGUCCAAAUGUUGCAGGCCCAUUAAAGCAUGUGCAUGACGUGGCCUUGAUAUGACCGAUAUGACAGUCAUAAGCUUCAUCAGCACAUAAAUAUAAUGUUGCUCAAGCACAACCAGUGUUCUCAUCUGCUAGGAUAAAGUGGAUGUUGUGAAAGUGCAAAGCUUGAGACUUAUCCUCUCAGGUUCCACCAGCACUCAGUAAUCUUCACCCAUUACAACAAUUGUACUUUGACCUUAACCAAACAGUGUUUGUGCCCAGACCUAACCAAAUAAUGAGACGCUGUGACCACCGCAGCGUUAUUUUCUUCUUUUAAAACACCCAGCUCCAAGUGCUGGAGAACACUUUAGAGGCCUGGAGCUUUAUCAGCUGAGUAGCUUUGGCUGCGUCUGGUAGCUGAGAUAUGAAAUAUUUGCGGCAGUAAAAAUGUCAGCACAAGGUAGAGUACUUGCUCUGGCACCGGGUGUAAAUGAAUGGAAGGCUUAGGAAGAUGUGUGUGUGUGUGUGUGUGUGUGUGUGUGUGUGUGUGCAGGUCCAUGUCAUAUUACAAUCAGCAACCUAUGGAGCUGAAAAUAAAGCCAGCACAACAAUGCCAAAAAUUAGGCUCAAACUUCAGGCUGGCUCAAAUACCUACAGAUGUGUUUCUCUAAGAGUGUAUAAAGAUGAUUAAAAAAAGAUGUUCAGGCCGGGUUGUUGUAGUAACACUGGUGGGCGACCAUAUCCACAAACGCAGCGUGAAAUUGAAAGUUGAGCAUUUUCUUUGAAGAAACCUGAGGAACAGAAUAGAUCAGAGCAGAAUAGAUGCCCAGCCCCUUGUAGCGCGGCUGCUAUCUGCAGUUUGUUGAAAACACCCUGAACUGAGAGAGAAAAGCUGGACAUACAGUAGCACUGGAACAACCACAUGAAUCAUUUAUAUAGUAUUGUGACCAUUGACGGUUUUAUACAUACCAAAAACACUCCCCUGCUCUGUUGGUAUGAAUUUCAUGGUCACUGAUCCACAGUGACAGUAAACUGUUGCACAGAAAACGAUCACAAUCAGUCUCUAAAUACAAGAAGCCUAAGUAUCUUGUCUGAAGACUCAUCAGUCUAAAACUGCUUUAAUGAAACCUCAGGAGGAAAAAUGAGAAUUUUCCUUCAUACUUUUCAAGCUGUGCUUAAGUGAUGAUUACAAGGUGUGUGAAUAAGCUCAUACUCUUUUCAUUUGGGAUGUAGAGAUGCUGGUGCAAGUCUGUGCUUAUAUAUGCUGUUAGCAUUGGAAAAGAUCAUGUUAGCAGGGUAUUAUUGUCAUAAUUUAAAAAGGAAGAGAAAGGGCAUGAUCGUUUAAUGGAAGAGAGGUGGGAGGCACUCUCUUCCUCUCCCAAGGCCAGCCAUGUAAUUUCUUUUUUAGAUUCACAGGCACAGAGAAAAAUGAUCAAACUGAGCAAAACUGAAACCAAAAAGCUGCAGUUGCUCACCAGCACCAGACAGUUCGAAACUGAAGUGGAAGUGCUGCAGCUUUGUGUAGAAGAAUAAUGAAACCCCUGUAAAAGCCCGUUUUCUGCUUUGAGGCGAGCGGAGACGGAGUGUGAAAUCCUAAGACUUCAAAUGUUACCAUCAUUAUUCAUCUUUAACAAACGCUUCAGCACUGACAUAGACUGUGGCCAUAAUUGCUAUAAUUACCUCUUCUUCUAUUUGUAAAUGACAAUUAGCAAUUAUGAAUGUCCAGUAUCGACGAAAAUGUAAUGUCAGAAGUCAGCGUGUUGUCAGUUUAAUGUCAGUGAAUUUCUUUUGUGGUGGUUGGUUAAAGUAAUUUUCCACGUCUUCGGAGUUAUCGACAUGCCUUAAUGACAAAAACAACAACAACAACAACAACAACAACUGGGUAACAGUUUGAACUCCAGCCUUCCAGCCUCAUUUGUUUUGGAGUGCUCCUCAAUUUAACUCAAUAUUUACCAUGUUUAGAAAAGCCAAAUUCAACCAUAAUAUUAUUUAUAUAUGGGUGUUUAGAGGAGCCUGCAUCACUGUGUAUGCUGAGGGCACUGUGCGAGGUGAUACAAGAUAUCUGAAACCUGGUUACCUCUCCUGUGAAAUACUGAAAACUGUGUCUGGGAACUACUACCCUCACGGUCUCCCUGUACUGGAAAGUUAAGAUCAUUUGAUCACCCACCCCGGAGAAAGCUGCAGAGGUGAUUUACUCCCCUGUAUUUUAUUUUAUAUUUUAUCCAGCCGAUCAUCUAUCUUCUUGCGGGCUCACCAAGCCCGGAUUGCCCCGUGUAUUCUGUCUUCCAGGAUACAACAGGUUCAGCAGCCUGUCCAACGCCCACUAUUCAACUGAAGCCUUUUGUGGGGCCUGUGGGACGCGGCUCAAUGCCGAUGAUCCAGAGAUGUUGCUGGAAGUUUAAUCCCUGCACUGUGAGAAAUGAGGUUCUCCUGUUCUCCCUCUUGCUCUUGCAACUUUGAUCAAGCCCUAAUGUGAUUAGGCAGUGACCCUGACAUGGCUGGUCCAGGAACUUGUAAAAGAAGCCCUGUGAGGGGGUAUCUGAUCUGACCGGUAAACUAGAAGAAGAAAGGAAUUAUUCUGAUGGUGUCUUUCCUCUGUUGCUUCUCUGCCUUGUGGGUAAUAAAGGUUUCAUGUAUUCGUUUUACCCUGGCAAAAAAUUGCAAUCUAUAAUGACCUGACAUUUCUUUUUUAAAACUAGCCAAGAGGCUCAUGAUUUGAAUGUUAACCAGGGCUGUACUUGAUGUAAGGUGCAGUCUACAGGGAAGGAGCUUCUUUUGAAUUCUGCAGGAUCUAGGCUCCUCUCACUCUUCAUGGGAAAUUUAUGUAUAUCUUCCUCUGGCUGUAGUCGAGCAAAAUUGUUGUGUACACAUCCUGUCGAUGCAGUGCAACUGCGCUUAUAGUGCGAUACAGCAUAUUUCAGUUCUUUGCGUAAGACGGCGGCUGCACUGCUCCCCUCACAAACAGCUCUUGUACUGAGCUUGUUUGCUGUGCAUUGUGAUACGGGAAUCUUCCCUUUUGUCCUGUAUUAUUCCUGCCUGAUACUGACUGAUGAUGUGUGGGGUUGAAACCCGGAGUCUGGACUUCAGAGACCAGAUGUGUCAUGUCUUUAUAUAUAUUAACCUCCUCCUAAUGGACUUUAUCAGCCCUGGUACAGAAAGUCACGAAGAUUAGAGCGAGGGGGAGCGGAUGUUUGAUUAUCUUUGCAUUCCGUUUGGUUCUCUGCACCAUGCCAGCAGCUGCAUGAGAAUACUUCACAUACCCUUUAGAAUACUGAAUCCUACAUUGUACAUCAUUUCCAGGUAGCUGCAUUUGCUUUGUCGGUGUUAGGGUUGGUCAAAACCUAUAAUCCUCACUUGCCAAGAGUUAGCAGUGAUUUAUGCCCCCCAGGUUUCAGUUUGUUAUAUUGACAAAUGUUUUAAUUAGUAUUUCAGUCAGAUGUGAGCUUGAAGAUCCACCCAAUAUACGGUGUAAUCCUUCGGCAACCCCGAAAGGGACAUUGUCAAAAAAGAGACAGAAUGUGAGAGAUGUCCUGUACAAUUGGCAGUGAGAUGGAAAAACACGCCGCACCACAAGGGAUCCUUUGCCAUUACUCUAGAAUGGGGCAGCUUGUGUAGAAUGAAAAUAGGCUGAUUUACUGAUAUGAUAGUGCCUGGGAUAGAGGAAAAUGGGAGGAAUCACACAAAUCCUUGAUUGCCUUGAAAACUCACUUUUGUCAGCCAAAUCUGUAAGUAAGCAAAUGUAUCGGGACAUUUUAACUGUUUUUGUGGACAAAACAACAACAACAUAAAUCUCACCGCACACGGACAUUCCUCUACGGUGAGCUUUGAGUUAUUGUUUGAUCACAUUUGGACUCAUUUCCAUAGCGAGAGUCAGGUUAAUAUGAAUCCUGUGUGGAAUAUGAAUGACUUUAUUGUCUUGUGGCACAAAUCCAUCAAACUGUUCUACAUAUUCAUACACUUUAUAAAGAUGUUUUAAAAAAUGAACCAAAUGAGUCCUUUUGAUGCUUUUUGACAUGAUAAGAAACGGCUCUUCUCUGACGGGUUAAAAAGUCUUUAUUGUCAGAAAAAUGUUAAAAAAAACUAAUUUUUAACCACAAGGUCAAAGACAGAGAAACUCCCUAAUAAAUGUCGGUUUGAUUCAAGGUCUACUUGAUCUAAAUAUCUCAUUAAAGACACUUUAAUUAACCACUGAUGAGUAUUGGUGUCCAGACAUUCAUCUUUUUUGCUGUAAAGAACAUGUUGACACGACACCACUACAUUUCCUGGCAGGGUUGAAAACCACACAUAGCCUGGUUAAUAAAACAGUGUCAACAGUUUGUUAAUCCAUUUAGUCUUACUGUACUACAACUACACACAAGGACUCUGAAUGCUCUGGUGUAGAAACACAAGGGUACUGCCUCACCACCUCAAAAGCAUCAUUAAGGGCCGCAUGGAGCCAGACAGGGGCAUCAACAAACAGUAACUUUUAAAAAAGUAAUUUGAUUACUGAUUACAGAUUACUCCUUUAAAAAGUAACUUAGUUACUUUACUGAUGACAUGAUUUUAGAAGUAACUAAGUGAGACAACAAGUUACUUUUUAAGUUACAUUCAGCAGCAUCAACAUAUAAAUGACAAACAUUUUCUUUCCAAAACUCACUUUAGUGGAAGUGUCAUUUUAACAGGAACGUCAAAAAAUAUAUAUUUUUUAAAAUAUAGAGAUAGUCUUUCUUGACCAAAAAAAAAUGUUUUAUAAAACAUAAAAGAAAGACAGUCUUUAAAAUAGUGUCUGUAUUUCUAGCUUGAGAACACGUGUCUCUCUCCUCCCUCCAUUGUUGUUUAUGUUUGUUUUGCAGCAGCUGCUUUAUGUGUGUGAACAUGUUUUACCCAAGUGAGUCUUCCUCGAGCUGAAAACGUGACCUGUCGCCUACAUGACUGACUUCACUCCCCUCAGACGAAAACAAAUCUAUCUUUGUUUUUAUAAGAAAAAAGAUAAAAAAGUAAGACACAGUGUCUUGGACAUGUAACCUAAAUCUAAUUACUGGUUUGGAAAGAGCAACGCGCUGGAUUACUCCUUACUAAAAACAGUGGACUCACUGCUAACACAUGAGCUUUAACAGGUUAAAAUAAACAAACUAUUUGGAUGAGGUUUAUUUGUGUCCUUAGUCUAAACUGAGAUUGUUUCCUUUAGUCUUGAAAAGUGACUACAAAAAAUGGGCCAAUUAUAAUAAAUCCAGUUUGUUCAAUCAAGUGAUCUCGAGAGCCAAAAGCUUAAUAAGCAUUUGCAUUUUUUAUGCAAUCUUUUAGAGCCCCUGAGAAAGUGUUAAAGUCUGGGAGCAGAGAUCAGUUCAAAGCAGAUUCUGGACUUCUUACUGUUAGCCCCAAGAUGGACCGCUACUAUCCUGUUAAUGGGAUGUUGAGGAGGCAGUGGUCAUUUGCAGCUUAUUUAAAAUGUAUAAACCACCGCGGCUGCAGCAGCACAGGCCUUCAGCUCCACACAUCUGAUAUUAAGAUACUGUGACUGCGAUUGUAUGAGGGUUAAAGAAGCCUUAAAGAAGCCUUAAAGAAGCCUUGAUGAAGUAUCCUGUCACCACAAUAAAAGGGUUAACUUUAGGCGAAGGACACAUCAGUUUCACAAACAAACCUUUGAGUAAGUUUGACUAUCACAAGUCAGAAAGGAGAAGGGUGGGCUUUUAAUUUUAGGAAGGCCAACGCUCUGCAUGACAGAAAGUCAAAAUAAUGUUUAUCUACUCUGGCAUGGUUAAUAGAUGAAAUAAGAUGAGAAACAAAUGGACAGACAAAAAACAAACAGAAUAAUAGAAUAACGGCCAAACAGAGAAAACCAACUUCCUCCCUUGAGUUUGUCUUCAUGGCACCAGCCUUUAAAAGUCCUUCUUACCAGCUGUGAAGUAUCAUCGCUGUACUUCUCUCCUGGCAUGUUGGUGUCCUCACAGUUAUCAGUCAUCAUGGAGACAAAUAAAUGUUGUGAGUAAUUGCUCAGUAAUAUUUCAGGCUUCAAUUUAAAAUUUAAUUAACGAGAUUAAUGCACAUGCUGUCAGUCGUCUCUUCCCCCUCUCACACCUCGGUCUCUGCACUUUUACUGCUUUUUAACAAUAAUGUUUACCUUCAACGCCCCAGCGCUGGAAAAAUGAGACACAAAGCUGCUCUUCACUCCACCUACAAGAGAAAAUAUAGAAGUAGUAUACAUCCCACACAUGCAGCAGUCCAAACAUCCCACCUCUCCUGUGUUAGCCUUUUGUUACGUUAUGUUUCUAAAAAUUACACAGACACACACUCACACUUACCUGCUGUCAUCUCAGCUGCAUUGUGGACGAGUUUCUCAACAGAGACAACAGAGUAGAUCUGAGGCAGUAUCCUCCCUCAGGGAAGACAAUCAAAGCUUCCCAGCGGUGAGCCAUUCUUCCAGGUCCAGCUGAUCAUUUUCCCUCUGAUAUCACAGUCCCAGCAGCUCAGAGCCUGAUCAAUGUUGUUUAAAACAGAUACUGUCUAUUCUGUCUGGGAGCAAGCAGGAGAAGUGAAAAACAUGCUGAAUUGAUGACUUUGUAGAGGGGAGUGGGGGCAGACUCUGUGACACCCAUGAUUUCCACCCUCGGAGUACUUUCCUUCUCUCCGCAUCACAAACGAAUUUGCAAUUCAGAGCAUGGCCCUGGGGUUGCUGAGUGUUUAUUUAGAUGCCCAGUGUGAUGAAGGCUCACAUUUGUUUCCUGUCACUGACCUGUCACUCACUUGGCCAUUAGAGCCAAAGGCAACGCUGGUUUUAACCUCGAAUAGUAGCAAAGACAUUAAUUAUGAGUGAAAAAGGGUAAAGGAGGGGGGGGCAGAGCGGAAGAAAGAAAAGGAGACCAACCGCACAUUAUCACCCAGACACACACACACACUCAGACACACACACAUAAAUACAUACAUGUAUCAAAGUGGACAUUUCAGUGUCAAACCUUCAGAGAGAAAUGUCCUUCAUUAAACCCUGCGCCUCAUUGAUCACAUGAGAGAUGGACUAUCCUCUUUUUAAUGAUAUGUGAUCAGUGUACAUAAUUAGGACUGCUGCAACAGUCUGAGGAGAGUUUCAGGUUUGCAGAUUACAUUUUCUGAUACUUGGAUGAGUCAGAUGUAUCUGUCAGGUUCUUGUGCUGGGAGAGUAAUUCUCUCACUGAUAAUGAAUUCCAGGGACAUGGACCUACAACAUAUUCUUAUUAAAGCAAAUAACAGUUAAUAAGUUUGAGCUUAAAGACGCGGCUUAGCCCUACAGCGCUCUCCUCUCAUUGUGUCAUGUAGAUUAGGAGCAGAGCCCAUUACAUUUAAAUGGCAUUUAAUGCUGCACAUCAUGCUGAUCCAAAAUACCAACAGCAGGAGUUAAAUGAAAUUCACUGCAAGGAAAGCUGGAGGGCUGAUGAAGGCAGAAAUCACACUCUGCCUUCUGCAGUUGGUUAGUUUAUAGUCUGUGCUUAGAAAUCUUGUACGUCUUCGUUUCACUGGAGGGAAAUAUGUGUUGAUCAGAGGCCAGGGAAAAGGUCAUUCGUUAUGAUGCCUUGUUGAAGUUUUGAUCUUUUUAUCCUUAAAACCAAAGAAAAGACUUUGAAUAUCUCCUUCAUAUACAUUUCUGUUUUAUAAAGGAACCUCAGACUGUUUGAUACUCUUUCUGUUCACAGUAGAAAGCCUCCAAAGCCUUUCUAACUUAUUUCUUUUCAUGCUGAAAUCCUUCACUUAAAAAAAAAAACCUUAACCCUUGCCACCAGAGGUCCAUGUGCACCAAACCUGUACGGACCUUUUUUUUGUACACGAUCAGUUUUCAAUACAGAUAAACAUUGAUUAACAGUUACAGAUCACCCAGUGGAGACAGAUGAAGGUAGAUGACAAAUACGAGGGCUGCCCGAUUUUGGCCAAAAAUAAAAUCUUGAUUUUUAGAUUUAGAUUUUUUUAUUCAGUGACGACUUCACCAAACUUCACUUUAAAAAUAAAACGUUUUUCUAUCAUCUCUCAAAACGAAAAAUUAUGUAGUACAUAUGCCAAGCCAGUAAGUGGCGCUGUAACUCUGCACAAGAAAUGCACAAAAGAAAGAAGAAGAGUACAGCACGAGUAUAAAGGUGGUUUUUGCCGCCAUAAAAGAGUUACGCUGUGUGUCACAUAACCGUUUUAAUCGUUGAUCGUUGCUGAUUUAUGCACUCUCUGACCCAUUUUGACCCAAAAUGCCGUUUCCGUGUGGAUGAAACGCCGAUACGACAAAAAAAGUUCACUCCUGAAUUAGUUUCAGGACGGGGAGGUGCAGACGGGUUUAUACCGUCAUCAGACAGACUUUUCGUCUGAAACUGCGAAGCCGUUCCAAUUCCACACGACUGACUUGCUCUCGUCCCAUUUUGCCAUGAACUUGUCGCCUUCUUCUGCAAACGCCAUGUUUGUUUACACUAGUGUGUGUGGGAACUACGGUGGCCUGGAGGCACGAGACAUGAUAGAGAGGGAAAAUGAUUUGACGAUUUUAAUUUUUUUAUCAUCAUCAUAAUCAAAUAAUCCGAUUACGAUUGAAAAUGGAUUGAUCGUGCAGACCUGACAAAUACAGGAGAGAGGGGGAGCAGGGAGGCAGCAUUGAACUUUGGGCCAACGCAAUAAAGACUCAACCAGUGACAGACUGCAAGCACUGUUAGACUGUUGGCUAGUGGUCUACAUUCAUGUACUGCUUAUGAUCUGAUUGACAGCAGCGGUUUUGUGAUACGAUCUCAUCUAAAGAUCGACAAACUGUUGAACAGAUGUGGAAACGUCCUUUUUUUGGUUGUGUUUUUCUGUGACGGUCCACUAAACAGAGCUACUCGACAGAGAGCGUUUUUAUGCUCCUCUAAGCUCCUUAAGCAUCGGAGUGGGAAUGUCAUUUAAUGUUUGGAUGGCUAUAAAAACAUAAUUGCGUGGAUCAAACGGACCAAUCAACAUGUUAUUUCCUGCUCUAAUUCUGCCCCCCUGCUUCGUUCUACAGUGAGAACUCAUUGUUGCAGCACAGUCUCAUUAAACUUAAAAGAAUUCAUGUCAGCUCUGGUUUUAUAUGUAUGGGGCUCGUUCACUGCAGACCCUGAUUAUUUAAAUGUGGUUUUAAUCCUCAUGAUCUUGGGGAUUGUGAUGCUGAAUUGCGGUCAGCUGGAGGUUAAUGAUGGUCAGGACUAUCUGACUUCUCAGCAGUCUUUUCAAAAACAGAUUCAAACUGUAGCUACACUGAAGACCCCGAGUUUUUAUAGAAUUUUUCAUCUAUAGAAGUUGUGUUGCUGGUUUUUUACCUCCAAAUGUUGAAAUCUGUUUGUCGGAGGCACUUUGUGUUUGUUUUGGUGAAAUGUCAUCAGCCACUCAAGCAGGCCAUCAUUCAGAGCUGCUGAAAAGCACAGAUCUCAGUGGGCUGAGUGUGGAGGUUUGACUGCUUUUGAUUUCUUUGAAAACAUUGUAAAUGUAAGUGUCUGCGUGCUACUCCCUAAUCAAUAAGAACUUGGGAGGCCACUUACAUGUUCUGCAUGAGAGCAUACACUCAGGCACGGUUCUUCACAAACAAAGCGCCGCGUUAACCAGGGAAAAAUGAAGGCUGAAAAUUCAAUAUUGCUUGAAAGCUUUUGUUAAGAUUUUGAUUUGAGUUUUCUCUUAAAGCUACACUUAAUCUUUGCGGUAUAAAUCAACAACUCCACAUGUUUCUGGAAGGUAAGCACUUUUGAAAAGUGUUGCUUUUAAUCCUAAAGAGCAGCUUUUAUACAGAUGUCCUCGGAGAAUGCAUAAAGGCGAAAAGGUUGGUCGCUUCUUCCUCUGUGGUGGGGAUAUCUGCAAACAUGUUGAACAAAAUGCCACAAGACGCUAUGUUAAGAAUACAAGGGAGGGUCCUAUAAAUCUGCUCUGGAUAAGAAUGGCCAGGUCGCCUAAGCAUUGUGAGUAGUUUUUGAAGACAAGAUCCAGACUUGAGCAGAUUUAUGGUCAGUUGAUUUGACAAAAAUACAAAUUUCAAUCCGAUGAACCUCCCGAAUAUUCAGAUCUCACACUGUGGAAACUAGUCAGUCAUUGUGUAAUCAUUUCCAGAGCUUGGCUGCUCACAGGUGUUGCCUGAUAUUGUAUUGGGAGGAGGUGAGUCAGUCUGCAUCCUCACCCGUAUCCUAAUAAGGAGAUCAGGCAGCCUGUCAAGUGGGCUUUGGCUUAAUUAAUAGCAUGUCAUGGUUUGGCUGGCAUAUACAUGUAGUAUUAGAAGUCCUCCAGCUCCCAUCAGGUCUGACAUGACUGCAGCGGUAGGCCGUGACUUGGCAUAAGCAGUAUGUAAGAGGAGUACAUGAGGCCCAGGGGUGCACUUGAUUUGGUCAUCAACAUAAUGAGAUAAUUAUAAACAGAUUGCCACUGAGACGGUUAAAAGGCAUAUCGCCAGUGUGCCAGUCUGACCUUUACUAACAAAGCAUAAACUGCCAUGCUCAGGAGUGAUCUGAAUGUGCUCCAGGUUGUGUUGCAUUAAGCUUUGAAAGGACAAAUUUUACACCGAUUCUUAAAAAUACCAGAUGAAUGUUUCCUCUCAGAGAUAACAGAGACUUUAUCGAUUGAUAGAGACUAGAGAGAACUCUGAAAAAUAAAUCAAUUCAAUUCAUUUAGAAUCUUGUGCAGUUUCCACUUAUUUUCUGUCAUUAUUAUUAGAGAAGUCACAGAAAUUUCACAUUUAUUAUUAUUUUUAAUCCAAACCUUCAGUCCUAUCAGAAAAGAUGUUUUUGAUACAGUUGUUGAGUAAACAGGAAGAUUACUAAAACAGACUCAUCAGAACUGACUGAAUGGAAAACUACAGCAGGUAUUAUAAUAAUAAUACUACUAAUAAUAAUUUUAUCAAUAUUGCAAUUAAAAACAAUAGUUUACAAAGUGUUUUAACAUGCAGGAAAACAAAGAAAGAUUAAUAAACAGGAGAAGACUUAGGGGAAAGAGCCGAGACAAGAAUCAAACCUACAUGUCCUAAUGAGACAUUAUUGGCAAUAAAACAAUAAAAUAAAAAUUCAUGGAAAACAAAAGUGUCACAUGAUCAGAGACGGUAUGACAGUGUCUGUCCUUUUUGGACUGUUUGCAUUCUGGGACCGUUGUCACUCAGUCUACCAAUUUGGACUGAACGCUGCUGUCUGUCGGGUUUUGUACUCGUGCCCUCGUGCGAUUCAGGCAUUUUUGGGUCCAUCAGUCUGAUCUCCCUUUUGGGUGUGUCACUUGAAUUUGAUGUGACAUGUGUUUGGUGCACUUAGCCUGAUGUUUUUUGAAACUUUCUACUUCCAACAAGCAAUAACCUGCUUUUUUUCUCCAGAGAGGUUUUAAAUUAUCUAUUACAGGAAAGAAAAAUAAUGUUCUUUUUAAAAAAAUAAAAAAAUGUUUUUUUUUUAUUAUUUUCCCGAGAAUGUUCCCCCCUCCUGUCAGUCCUUGACAGUGCCACAGAUAACAUCAGGGGGAAAAGCUCUGCAGAUUGAAAAUGUCAAUUUCAAAAUUCACACUCUGCUCCAUGAUACACAGCCUGAGGUUGGAAACACACACAGGAAUCUGAACAAGGACUCUCCAAUUGAAUGUCACAGAGAAAACACCUGCUAGAGCUACAUUUAUGUCCACAGGUACACACACACACACACACCUCGAUGCACGCACAGGCAGACACACACACACACAGAGGAUGUGACUGUCUUGCUUUCUCAUGACAUGACUAUACACUCUAAUCUCUGCAAGGGUUCACCUGGUGUGCAACGUGCCCGGGUCUGAAUAAUGUCCCUCCCUCCUCUGCCUCCUAUAAGACCUGCUGGCCUUUGACUUGUUUACACAGAUUAAAGAUGUGAUGUUGAAACAUGUUGUGGAUCAAACAGUAGCUCUGCUAAGGCGUGACAAAUGUCAGCAUGAUGAAGGUGAGGACUCUAAUGCUGUAUUAUCUCUGCUACAUUGUUUAAAAUAGGAAGCCGGCGUGAUGGAUGUCAAGGAGGGUAGACACACAUUUCUUCCUGUCUCACAACCUGUGGGUGAAGGGGGGUGGGCAAACUAUUAAGCCUGGGGGGUGUAGGUGGUUGAGUCAAGCAAUCUGAUUUGAGGAUGUUUGCUGUUUGACGGGGUGGAAAUGGUAAAGAGACAUAGCACAGUUUGGCCCUGGGAGAUUUGUGUCCAACAAUGUCAGCGAGGGAACACUGGAGCGGGCUGGAGACAGAAUUAGAAGGUCAACGCUGGACCGACACGUGUCAUCUGAUGCACUGAGGGAUAACGACCUAUGAGGCUGGAAACUCUCAGCAGACAAACAAAGAGAAACUCCUGCCUCUGAGCAUGCCUCUGAUGUUUGAAAAAAGAUGUACCUUUAAUAUAAAGACGGUUCAGACAAAGCUUUACCAAAAUAAAGGUAAAUUAUAGAGAUAUCCAUACAUAGAUAACAAUCACAUAGAUAACAGAUUGAUGUUUAUGAAUCAUUUUAAGACACGCCUGGGUGACAGAUCCUUUCUCUGAUAUUAAACUCUCUCACUGAGGUCUGGUGUUUAAUCUGGGUUUGUCUGUGAGCUAGUAGACAACUGUGCAGCCUGCUCUCAGCUGCAAUUAAUUGAUUUUAACAUCAUGUUAAUGUACUGAGUAAAGCCACGAAGGGGCGUCUGCUGCAGUUUGAGAACAUGUGAUAACAAGUCCACAUUAUUACAUUUUAUGACUGUUGACGAACACUGACUGAAGAACUACAGCCACACCUCUCACAAUAAUUUCACCGCCCUCUCUCCCUUCACUCUUCCUUCAUCCCUAACUCACCCUAACAAGGUAAUUGACUGCUGCUGGAGUCCCGGUGCUGCCUUCUCAUGUGUGCUUUCCAUGAAAACAUGCCCUCCAGAAGUAGACCUCAAAGAGAGAGUAAUUAGUAGGGGUUUCAAAAUAAAAGCACACACAAAAAUAAAAGUAUUGACUUCAUGUAUGGUGAUGUUCACAGUCAGCUUCACAGUCAGUAUGCAUGAAUAUGUUCUUUUCUCGCCUGCGCAUGAGGGGGAUGCUUUUCAGUUCCCUCACACGCAGGCUUCUGGUUUAAACAUGUAAAAUAAUUAAAAUAUAGCACAUUGACCUUUUUCUCUGACCCUUUUUUAAAUGCUGCUCUGCUGACAGGCUCUAAUUAACAUUAGCCUCCAGCAGCUGACUGGUGUCUUCUGGGAAGCAGAGAACAAUCCUGGCCAGGCUGUAGUGCUGUAAAACACAGCUAAAGGCCAUCAGUUCAUCUGUUCACCCUCCCCCCAAUUUGUCUCAUGUACCUCCUUUCUCCUCUCACUACCCGUAUCCUUCUCCUCUUCUACCACUCCAGUACAAAAUAAAGCCAGAAAGAUGCAAAGAAGUGCAUCUAACUGGAUACGUUUGAAACUUUGAAUAUUAAAAGCCAAGUUUGCAGUCAAAGAGUGGCACCUUGCGGCAAUCACACAUGCUGAUCAUUUUACCCGUCAGAGUAGAGGACAGGCAGUUUUGUUGCCCUUGAGUUCCUGCUGGUAGUAGAGUAAACUGAAGCUUUAAAGUCUGAAGUUAUUGAAGAUCCUUUUGUGUAUUAAGUGGUCAUAAGAGUUUCUCAUGAGUGGUAUGUCAAAGGACAAAGGGGCCUCUGUGCAGGCUUCAGCCCCUGUUGAUAAAGAUAGGUGAAUAUGAGUCUAUAUCAGCCAACGGACGACGCCAUUGGAGCGCAAUUAAUCCUUUCCGCUUUGGUCUGUUUAAUCACUGAUUGAUCAUCCAAUGGGAUCUUUAGAUAUUUUUACCAGAGCAGGAUAAUCUAUAUUCAUUCAUUUUUUUCAGUCAAGGUCAAAACAGUCUUUCUCUCAGCUCGAGGACUAAUGGUAUAACGUAUGAUGAAUUCAGAUGUGGUUUAAAUACCUAAUGGAAACAAAUCCCCACACCGUUCAUUAGUGAUACGUGUAGUGCAGACAAGUACUCCCCGCGCACUUUCAUUUUUCACAGAAAAAAAGAAAACAUCAGCAACAUCAGGGGAAUUAUUUUCAUCACCACUCCACUGGCUUUCUCCCCAGCUCACUUUCCUCUGCAGCUGCUUGGUGAUAUAUAUUUUAAGACCUUGGAGAUCAUGGCAUGUCUUUAAUAAGUUUGUGUGUUCAUGCUCUUUUUUUUUUUUUCCCCUUUAGCAUUGUUAGAUGACAUUUAGUGCGGGUUCUCAUACGUUGCCGUGAGUCCCUGGUGUCCGAGAAUCGCUCUUUCUAGGUGAGACAUUUCAGGCCCUUUGCUUAAUCUAGGCUGCUCAGAGGCAUGAUCACAUACGGCUGCUCUUGCAUAGUCGGCCCAACCUGAAGAAAAUGAAAGGGUCAGAGUUGUUCAAGUUUUCAUUAGUGGGAUACUCUUUUAAAAAAAAGCUCCUGAAAGUCAUCCAUGAGCCGCUUCGGUCUGCUGUGGUACCAGAUGAUACCAAAACAAAUGCAUUGACUGCAGAUCUGCAGUAUGCAUGAACACAUCAGUAUGACAGUUUGAGACUUAAUGCUCUUUACAUGAAAACAAAGAUAGAUAACUGAGUAUUUUCAUAAUGACUUGCAAUAGGUAUGGAGUCAACGUACAGGUUUUGUCAUGGACCUGUCAUGGAUAAACGUAAAAUGUUACAGCCCUGACUGAAAUACAUACGACUCAAGGACUCAUACUGGAAUAACAAUAAAACAUGAAAUUACCGACAGAGCGGUGAAACAGCACAAAAGACUAAACCGUAAAAAUAAUGUCUUAUAGUGCAUUUUAAUGGACAGACGUAUGUGCUCAGAACAAGAACAGGUACACAGUGAGGAUCCAUUACUGUUAAAAGACACUGGAAAUCUCCCAUUAUCCAGAAGGCCCUAUGCAAAUGCCGCAAACCUUACGUGAUGUGUUAUUCAUUAUAAUGUCAAGUUUUACUUUCAAUGUCAUCUGUCCUGUCAUAACAUUUAAGCUGCAUGUAUCACGAAAUAACUGAAUAAAAAAAGAGAUGUUUGAAUAUUUGAAGAGAUCAUUUUCUUCUUCAUUUGCGUCCUGCUUCGGUAACCCUUUCUUUUACGGUACACUUAUUACCAGGUAAUUACCAGGUAAUUAACAGGUAACAACAUGAAAUUAUCGGUAAUUACAUGAUAACUACUAAGUCAAUACUGUCUAGUUUUUCUUUUUUCAAAAGCUAUUUGGGGUUCUUAUUUUCUAUGAUUGACACUUGAUACAGCCUAUGGGCGUGCGAAGAGUGCGUAGAGAUACGCUGUUUGACCCGAGCAUUAUCACAGCGACUCACCCACCGAAUGUGUACAACACUACUGCGCAAGAGGUGGUUCCAGGAAGCGGAGAAAAUCCUGGAAAUACCAGAGCAAUUCAGCUUCAGAUUUGUAUGAUGAUGGAAGGUUACCGACCUGUUAGCUAGACAGUAUUGACUUAGUAGUUAUCAUGUAAUUACCAGAUAAUUUUAAUGUUGUUACUAGGUAAUUACCUGGUAAUAAGUGUACCUUAAAAGAAAGGGUUACCCAUGCUUCUUCCACUGGAAAUAGUUGUGACCAUGCAGCUGUUGGAUGCAGUUUUACUAUGACAUCUCACAACAAUGCUCAUCUAGCUAGAUAGUAAUCAAGUCCAAAGCUUUUAGUCUGGCUGGAGCCAAAGAAGUCUAAAAACCAAAGGUCUCCAGAGACGGUCCGAGCUGGGCAGGAGUUAUUUUCAGUCUUCUUUCUGUUGGUUGACACAUCCAUAAUAAUGACUGUUUCUGCUGUUUCAUUGUUAAUGGCAGGACACCAACAGCUCAAAAACCGCAACGCAAUAUUUUCAAUGUGAGCAGCCCUUGUCAUCUCAAGGACAGUCUGGAGUACACACUGCUUUGAUUCUGUGUUGAUAAAGUAAUUGCCUUAAUUACUUGUCCACCUCAUGGAAUUGUGUUUUCUUGGACCAAAAUAGUUCUGUCAGUCAAUGCCUACGACUUUGGAGAAGACAAAAGACAUUCCUAUAAUUUUCAACUGUGAUUUCACUGUGACCAUGCCACAACACAGCGCCUCCUCUUAAGAAUCUACUGUGUGGUCCCGCACAACAAUCAAACCUGCCACUUUGGUAUGAAUCGCAUCAUUUAUUACAAACACUGCCAAUAAACCAAACAUCUGAUAGAAACAAAUAUUUAAUUCAUAAGUUCGGUAGAAUUCUACUUGGUAUGAAAUCAUUCACACUGAUUUACAUGAUACACACAAGAUUAUGGUGCAACUUGAAGGCACAAAAAAACCCACACAGCUGUCAGAUUCACAAAGUCUUCAUCCACAGAGUUCAGAGAUACUGGAAACAAAGAAAACAAAGUUUCUGUGGUCAGGCUAAGUAAACGCCCAAGAGCUCAGGCCAGGUCAGAUACUUCGUUCAGAAUAAAGACAGCUAAAGAGCCACUAAAUAUGAAGACAUCCCAACAAGGGACGGUGAUAAAUGUGCAGGGAGGUAAUCAGUCAAUGGUGAGAUAGAGGAGAAGGGCAGGUGAGGUGGUCUAAAUGUGGACAGGUAGGAGAGGUCCAGUCUCAGAGUCAGGCGUACUGCUAAUAUGCAAACACAUAAUGGCUGCAAACAUAUUCCCAGCGCUGCUUUGGUGCAUCAGCAACUAGUGGGUUUAUCCCUGGACUUCGAGUGUUGUAAAAGUAUCAAAUGAAACAUGUAUAUGAUUAAAAGAUAAAUGAAAACCUUGACAGAUUCACAUGGCUCAUUAACCUUUGGGAAAAGUUUGCCCAAAACUGACUGAACUUCUUGACUGUUGCCGGGGAGAUUAAUGGAAGGAAAUCAUUUCCUGUGAUAUGUGAGGAAUGAGAAAUGUGUUUGGAGGUUCAGGUAGUUAAAUAGCAGGAGUUCAGGAGAAUAAAGUUGUGAUAUGAAAGCCAAAACUAAUGAUGCUGAUCUCAGAAGAUACAUAAUGGUAUCUGAGUAAUAAGUCUCCAGCUUUAUCUCCCUUUGUAACACAUCAGUGAUGAAGUCCACAGAUCUUCAGUUUACUUUUGAUUCGAGCACGACUCUGAAUGCAGAUGAUGUUUCAUGCAAAGCCGAAGCUGCAGAGGGGUUGUUGUUCAGAUUGCAGCAGUAAGCUGUCAUGCUUGGUGUGGACCAGUUACAGAGGAGUACUGUCACUGACUGCUACCACAAAUACAAAGCACUGACACUUUUCCUCUGUGCUAUAAGUUUGACAGCUCUAAAGUUGUUCAUUCACUAUCACCUCUGCAGGUUCUGUGAGUCUGGGGCACUCCCCUGAUUGUGAUAUAUCAGGCUAAACAAAUGAGCUCGAUAAAUAACUUAUGAGAGGACUGCAGCUGUUUCCAUUGAAUUAAUAUUGACUAGAUUUACGCUUGGUACAAGGCAUGGCGCCAUUCAAAUACAACUGCAAAGGAAUGCAUGGAAGCCAAUGCUCUCAUUAAAUGUUUGCAUGUCUAUGUUAGACCUGAAAUUGUAGAAUACAGGAUUAAAGUCAAUUUCAUGAUCUCUGGCAGCUGUUUUGGUGACACUUUAUAAUAACUAUCCAUUAUAACUAGUUAACUGAUCAUGAGUUAACUGUAAAUAAUUAGUUAUUUAUGACUUGUUAAGUGUUUGUUAACAGUUUAAGGACUUAUAAUGAUGCCUUAUAGAUAGUUAAUUUAUCAUAUAAACUGUUAGUUAAUGAGUUAUAAAUGACUAGUUAACUAUACGUUAAUGAUUUAUGACUAUACCUUGUAAAUUAGUCAUAGAUCAUGAAGAAGCCAUUAGUAAAUUACUUACGAACGACUUGUUCAGUAGUUUAUAUAUCACUUGGAUGGUACUCUAAAGUUGUAACUAUUCCUCAUUUACUAACAGUUAGUAAAUGAGGAAUAGUUGCAAUUAUUAUGACCAAAUUACCCAAGUAAGUAAUUUACUAAUAGCUUGUUCAUGAUCUAUUACUAAUUGAUAAGGUAUAGUAAUGAAUCAUUAACAUACAGUUUACAAGUCAUUUGUAACUCAUUUACUAACAGUUUGUAUGAUAUAUAUGAUAUGAUAUAUUAACUAUCUAGAAGCAUCAUUAUAAAUCCUUAACAAACUCUUAACAAGUCAUUAAUAACUCAUUAAUUAACAGUUUACAAAUGAUCUAUUAACUAGUUAUAAUGGAUAGUUGUUAUAAAGUGUUACUGCUGUUUUAAUAGAAACGAUAGAUAAACACUUGAAGCCUUCUCAGUUAUUAUGAAGUGAUGCUCUUUCACUGCUUCAUCUGUUCUCACAAAGUAGUUAUUAUGUGAUCUUGAAGGCAUUGAUGCUCUAGCAGCUGGUCACAGGUGGUCCUUCGAGUGUGUAGGAUAAUCACCGUCAUUAAGAUGUUAAGAUCCUCAUUCAUUCACCAAAAACAAACCCCCUAUAAAGGCAUUAGACUAUCUCCUCUUGAAAGGCAGCAGGUGCUCGCCCAGCUACACUCUUCUUUGUCCUUGUAGCUUCUGAGGUCCUCUACCCCUUGCCGGCCUUAUUCCCAGCAUGUGUGAUAUGAUCCAACAUGACAUUUAAGUAUGUCUCCUGGACCACCAGAUGGCUCAUGGUCCUUCAUGCCUUCAGAUGGGUACAGCUCUGUGGUUUUGAAUCCUAUCCUGGAGGGAAUAAACCAAUCAUCUCCUGUUUUCAAAAUGGGCUUUUGCUCUGAGGUGGCGAGAGCACCACAGCAGAGCUGCUUUGGGGUAGUCAGGUGGAGGAGAGUGAAAGUGUGCCAGUGUGGAGAACAAGUACACGCUUCAGUCCGCUUUAUUUUAAAUCAAAUCUGCAUUGGCUCCAAACAUUUUUUUUAUGGGAGAAUAAAAGGUUGACCCAGUGUGAUCGCAAUGAUCUCGAAAGGUACGUGAGUGUGGUCAACAAUCUGACGGUUCAAAUCUCCUGACCAAGAUGACUGCAGCCUCUCCCACAGAAACUAAACUGUGGUCAUAGAAAUCAAUGAAUUACCAGCAAAUUUGGCCUGACGAAAUGUGUGCAGAUAGUAAAAGAAAAAGAGUAAAGUGGUGCUAAGAAUAAAAGUAUGCAGGCUGAAAUGUUGGAAUCGUAUUUUUAACACUGAAUGUCAGCCAAACACGAUCAGAGUGUCAGGUAGUCACUGUUAUCCAACCACCAUUACGUCAAAAAGAUCCAAUACUUAAUAUUGCGAAAGAGGGUUCCUGCCACGAUGUCAAAGAGGACUGAUGCCUCGAGGGUAAUCACUGCUACCUAACAGCAGUGGGAACGGAAGAUGAAGCAUCAGGGCAGCAGGCUGCAAAGUGUUCGACUGUGAUGUUACUAGCUGAAGCACAGAUCUUAAAUCGAAGCUAUGUGGGAGUUGUAUGUGUUUUAAAGUCCCCCGUGAGAAUCCUGGUGAGAAAUAUUCUUUGCCAAAGAAAACAGAGAGAAAAAAUGUGUUUAUACCUCUUUUCUCUGUUCAAAGGUAAACAACCCUCCUCCUCGUCAUACUCCCAUUAUUUUUACAACAAACAGCGUUCUUGCUGGCCGUGUCAAAAAUAUCUAUAUUUCUAAUUCGACCACGUUUUGUUUCUGAGUAAUGGAAAUUAUCUACAUGUUCAUCUGCAUGUUUUGUGAAAUACAAAGACUAGUUUGCUCUCCAUGACUGAAAGUGCAGCCUCGCUCUUAAAUAUAGAAACCUCUCUUUCUGUUUCACAUGCAGACUGUUGAGGGACAUCCUGCUCUCAGGCUGUGAUUAUAAAGAGGACAAUCAGCUGUUGAGCUUGAAUCUGGAUUCUUAUGUUACUAAGAUGUAUGUAUGAAGAUGAGUCAUCAUAUUAAUGGUCACUCCUCACUGUAAAAGGCUGGUACCUGCAAGGUCGAAAUUACCUUUAAUAGUGCAUUUUACUGCCACGGUUUACUUUAAUACACUUCACUGUUAAACCUGCUGUCAAAUAACAAGGAUUUAAAAAGAAACAGCAUCAUAAAAUACAAGUCAUUGUCGUCAUACACACACACACACACACACACACACACACACACACACACAAAUCAUAAUCUGUGAAUCAUAAACCCGGUGUAUUUUCCUGGUUACCAUAAAUGCAGUAAGAGCACACACAUUUUUAAGUGACGUUAAAAUCAGAAUAGAAAUAUUUUUAAUUGUAUUUUCUGUUUUUUUUUUUUGUGAGCGAGGGCAGCUGUGAUGUUGUCAACUACACUCAGUAUUUGUGUUAUUUUCUGUUAUAUUGCCCUUUUGUACGCUGAACCGAGAGCUUCAUUAUUUACGGAAAUGUGUGUUAAAAACCGAGAAAUGUUCUGGUGCCCCGACGAUGAUAGAAUGAAGUGGUUGUUCAACUUGAAUGUCUUUAAAUUAGUUUAUUUUGUCUCUGAAACCUGGAAAAAACAUCAGGAGUGCUUAUCUGCUUAAGUUGUUAUGUCUGUUAUCUGUCUGUCAUCUUGUUGCUAUUAUAUGUCCUUUCUUUGGUGUCUUUGGGCACUUUCUGUGCAUGACACAAUAAUAAAAUGAAUGAAUGUGUUACAUGAAACUGCUCCGGGUCCAUGACCGCACAUUUAGAAACUAAAUCAGACAAUCAAAGUGAAUAAUUGUUUUAGUCAAAUCAUAUAAUAUAUAAUCACAGAUCACAAGUAAUUGGUGCAUAAGAUGACAAAGAAUGUAUGAAAUAAGGUGUGCUUGAAUCCUGGUGAACAAGGGUGCACAGUGUAGUUAAAUGACUCAAUUUCUUAAGAGCAUGAAGAGAACAAAUUCAGUCGAAUCUGAAAUGGCUGUGAGCAGAAACCUGCCCAUUUCGCAGACAGCUGCUUUAGCAGCUCUUAGCAGCUUUCUGCAGACAGUCUUUGACAGCUCGGGAUAAGUGGCUAUUAAAAUCCCAUGAUCACUUAAUACACCUGUCAUUAGCUUUCUUUAUGGUAAGCUGGGGGGAGGUCCAAUUUCCAAUUUGUCUGGUCAUUAUUUUACUCUGUUGCUCUCAGGAAAGAAACAAAUCAGUGGAAAUCUUCUGAAAAUCUAUCCUACAGCUUCACAGAGGUCAGCAGGACACUUGACUGUGAGCGAUCAUACAUCCUGUGACAGGUUCUUCGUUUCCUCCGAAUCAAUCCAAAAUAUAAAUAUGCUUCAUGUGAAUCUUUGGAGAAACUUAAACAGCAGAACAAACAUCUGGAAAUGUUAAGGAAAGAUUAUUUCAUGAUCAUAGAAAAUAGAUUAUUAGCAUAAAGAAACAAAAACAUGUUCUGCUCAGAAUGUGGCGUUAUUAUUAAAAUGAGUUCACACGGACAGGAAAUGCUCUUUCUAUGAUGUCAGACUUUUGGACAUGCAGCUACAGUUUAUUUUAUUAUUAUUGAAAACAGGUCUUUUCUGUUUCACCAAAUAAUUAGAUGAACGAAUGAACAAAUGAAUGAAUGAAUGAAUGAAUGAAGUGUCUGGACCAUGGCCAGUCAGUGCAGUCUUAUCAUUAACAGACUCAUUAAAAGGAUAGGAGGCAGUAUAUGUAUGACUGGAUUGUCUGGUAAUUGUUUUUGUAGCCUCGGGCUUCAGAUGCAGAUUUGUUUUGUUGGUCUGUUUGUUUAUUUCGGUAUCAGAGCUACAGGGAUGUCCAUUUUCUGCAUGCCAGAUUAUUCUAAUCAAGAGCAAAAGUCUGAAGGGAGAAAUCUUUCUUGCCAAAAGUUUUCAUUUUUCUUUUUCAGUGAUUGAUAAGCUAUUUAAUUCAAAGAUGUGUGUCUUUAAAUAUUUGUGCGUGAAACUAAAUAACUUACACUUUAAUACCUAAAUUUAAUGUUUAACAUUUAUGCUUUUAAAAUCUUUUUCCAGUCUCUCUGUGUUGGAGAAAACAUUAUUGUACUUUAAUAACACUUUUCAAAGGUCUGAGUCACAGAUCACAGUCAGGUUUACUGCAGAGUGUGUGAGGGGACGUGGUCCUCUCUGAACUCAAACAUCCACCGCCGUGAACAAAGAGCCCAGACAUACGGGUUGAUUCAGAGGGUGGAGGGAUCACUGCAUCGGAGAGUGAAUCCAUGAAAUGAGGAAGUUUAAAUCACAGCUAUCCCAGAAAACAAAGAUGUGUGUUAAUGUUAUAUCUCAAUAUUAUUUGACCCAAAGGAAACAUCUGAAUGAAAAACAGUCAAGUUUGAUUAAAUCAGGUUCAUUUUUGUAAUCACUGCUCCUUUCAGCAGGUUAAUACAACAGUCAGUUAUCACAGCUCCAGUUGUAACUGGAACAUUACCAACACUAAAUAACAUCGGAACCUUAAAUCUAAAUGGUUUUCAGCUAAAGUAAACAAUAUCGAAGGACUUUGAGAUCUGUGGUUCAAUUUAAGUUGUUUUACUCUUUACAUUUAAGUUCAAUUUGCUGCAGGCUGACAGAAAAAUAUUAGCACCCUUCUGCAUAUACGGCUCAUCUUGUAAUCAAAGCUUUCAGCUAAGUUGCAAUGAGAUUUGAUGAAUAUAUUUCCCCAUGUUUCAGUUUUUUCAAUUAGGUAUGCUUGCUUAAAUUUAUGCCCACGUGGGGCUUUCCCUUUUUUUCCGAGUGCCUACGGCUUGUUGACAGCGUUUCGGUUUGCCAAAAGUCUUCUCAGAUUGCAGGCCAAUGAGUUCCUUCUCCUUUACUCAUAGCACUUUCCCCAAAACAAAUGUGAAAUGGAGGUUGUCAGCCACCAGUCUGAGAGAAUAUUGAACAGAACCACCAACAGUUCUGUCAUGAACGCAAAGACCCACAUCACAUGGUGGUUUGUGUGUCCCUGAGACUGAAUUGGCACUAAAUGGUAGGUUGCCUUUCCUCUCCCCCUUCACCCAGCCAACCUACUCCUCAGCACCACCACCGCUGUCCAGCACUGACUGAUGUCAGACAGUUGGGGAUGCUGGAUAGUGAAGGAGACCGCAACGGCAGCAGGCGGCAGAGAUAAGGCCCCCCGCCAUACCUCCACAGAUUAAACAGCAGGAUUAACCUCUCUACUCCACCACUGCAACCAUGGUUUCCCUCACCUCCUUAUCAUCCACCACCUCCCCCUUUUCUCCUCUAACAUUUGCCACCAUAUAUUUGUACAGUUGUCACGAUGUGGGAAAUUGCUUUUUAACCCUAUGCGGUUUUGCCCUGUCCUUGGCAUUGGAAACUAGAAAAUAGAGCAGGCACUGUCAGAGAAAGACAGACCUGUUCCACGGAAAGGUUUCCGGUCAUGUCCCAGUCUUGCUAGAACUUCUGCAUGUCUGCAGAAAUAAGGAGAGAAAGAGAAAGGCUUUUUUCGUACAUCACAGAUUCUCUCAGCGUUGGUCAGUCUGUUUUCUUCCCCUUUCUUUGUGUUUGUUAAAAUGGAUAAGUUGAAAACGUGGUUGCGCCAUUUGAGUUAUUCAUGUUCAAAGGAAUAAAGGGAACCUGAGGCUCUAAUAAAUAGUCCAGCAGAUAAUGUCUUCAGCUGUUCUACCCUGAAGCCACACAACGGAAAUGAUUUGCAGAUAUUUAUUUAUUUCUCGCUCCAGUGUUCAAGGCUCAAACCACAAUUACAAAGAUACAAGUCCAGCUCUCCACUUUUAUGGUUAUUAAAGAGCAAUCCAAAAACGCACAAGAAAGAAGGUGGCUAAAAUGCAAAUGUGGUGGUAUAUAUGUCAGCUGUGAGCGCCCCCAACCCCCAUAUCAAAACGGCAUUUGACUGACCGGCUCCUCAUGUUUUGUUUCUCUUAUUCCUCUUGAACUCUCAGUUACUGUCUGUUUUCUUGGUUUUCCUCCAACUUCGUCUUCCUGAAGUUUUGAUAAACACUGUUUGACAAUUUACUGCAAGCCUCCAAAAAUAGUGUUUGCCAGUCUACUGCAAAUAUAGUACUCUGUGUAAACAACACAUCAUCACAUGUAGAGAUUUUGUCUUGGCAUUGGAAGGCUUUUGCUUGGCAGAUUACAAGUUCGACUAAAAAAUAAAAAAAAGUGAUGUUUUGUUGAAGCAGCACAUCAGGCCAAGAUGCAAGAAAUGAAAAACCUCUGCUCUCCAAACCAGGCAAUUAGCAUAGCAUCCCCCUGUGUUAGGUAGCACGAUAAGAGGGCUAGUGACGAUGUGAGCUAUGACAUUCCAUUGAUCCAGAAAAUUGCUGCAGAGCCAGCCUUGAAAUUAGUUUAAAUUGCUGAAUCAAAAAAUGUUAUCCAGGAUUCUGGCAAGGCCAGCGUAAACCUUAUGCCUCUAAUCCCCAGACUGAUGUGAAAAGUUGUCAGGGAUAGGGUCGCCCACCGCCACGAUUGAUGGGGGAGUAUGAAUUCUGUGUGACAGAGGGAGAGAUACAUGCAUGCUACUGGGAUUUGACUUGGAUGGCACUCAUGGCUACAAGGGUCGUGACUUGGUUUCAAAUCUGCAGGCUUGGGGAAUUUCCAGUGCGAUCCACCACUGCCUGUGCUUUCAAUUCAAUUACACGCCAACUCCUUACUCUGUGACAAUGUUGGAAAUCAAGCCCUCUUAGAUGUAAGUUGAGUCAUACAUCUAAGCUUUGACACACAGUUCAAGGAAUGGACGGAAUAAUUUACCAUCAGUCAUGUGUCUCAUUUUAUCCUCUUUGGAGACCCUGAGUAUAGGUGCUGUGUUAACUUUGAACACCUCUAAUGUGGAACAAGUUCUGGUUAGAGGAUCACUGAAGCAAACUCAUUCAUAGAUUUCUGUCUGUUAGGAGUAUAAUAACCAGUUUAUCUAAAAACUUUGCAUGAACAAGGAUUUGUUGAUCUCUUUCUCGCCAUUUUGAUCAUCAAAUAAACAGAGGUUGUUUAUGAUAGUAAGUACAGAGUCAACCUCUAAGAAAAGGGACUUAAACUGAAUGCACUAAAACUAUGAGGGCACGCCUUUACACGGGGGUGGGUACCUCAGACAUACCUUUGAAUGAUCAAGAGACUUAAUACAUCCUCUCUAAACCCACAAAAUGUGAACCCUCUGAAUUAUGUUAGAAACAAACUCAAACUUAUCUCUUUGGAAAUGUACGGAACCCCAGAAAGGACAUGGAUGAAAAAAAUUAUAAUUUUCUUGAGAUUUAUUGCAAGAUCUCGCAAUAGUUUUACGUGCCCUCGCAAAACCAUUGCGAGAUCUUGCAAAUGUUGUCUUAGGGGUUAUUGGUCAGUGUAACUAAAAUACUGGAAUAUACGCAGCUGUGGGAAAGGUUCAUUGAAUUUUAUGUUGAACUCAUUUUCUGCCCACCUUGUCCCUUUGCACGCACAUAAUGUCUUCAGGACAUCAACUGACCUUGAGGAAUUUCUCUCAAAUGGUCCUCCAUGACUCGUGUUUUAUAAGAAAACAGUGCCUGCGUCACAGAACUGAUUUAAUAUCUUUUUAUAAAAGAUACGAUGGUCCUCUGCCACGAGAGCGAGCGUUCCAUCGUUCGGGUUGACCCCGACGUGGAAGAAAUACACUGAUCUAUAAUCUUUUUACUCAUAACCUUGUGACGACUUUGCGAAAUCUUGCAAUAGUUUUGCAGUAGCACACAAAAGAUCUCGAGAAAAUCCUUUUUUUAUUUGUUUCUCUUCAUGUCCUUUUAGGGGCUCCGUAUCAGUGAUCAGGAAAAGUCCUGUUUGGUAUGAGGUCUUUGCAGGUGACUGUCGUCUCCCUAAUUCUGGGAUUUCUAACGAUACAGUUUAGCAUACCAAGAGUACAAACAAAAAGUGACACGUUUCCAAGUCAUGAAGCUGAAGCGCAGACCCAAAAAUAAAACAUGAUUUUAACACAAUAAGAUUUAAACGUGUCAGUGAUCACGGAAGACUAAAGACGUCUUAUCUGCCAGUUUGAUGGCACAAUAUUAGUGCACCCCUGUUAUUAAGGUUUGUUUAUCUCAUCCCACAAUGUCAGCUCAUGUAAAAUGUUUCUUUUUAGUUUCUCUCAUCCCCCUGUAGAGAAAAGUUAAACUCGAACUGUGAGAAGCUUUAAGUAUCAUACAUAAUCCCUCUUGCUUCUGACAGGAAUAAGAAACUUGCCCCGAAGACCAUUGAACAGAUUUUUAAGUAAGUGUGUGAAAAUCCAGCAGGAUAAGAGAAUGCCCCGCUGGAUACACCAGGAUUAGUAUAUCUAUUGAUUUGUGUCAUCAUGAGGAACACGCAGUAUAUUACAAGCACAUUAGAAGACAGUAACUCUCCACAUUAAAAUGUGAGGGAGUGGGCAAGGGCACUUCAAAAGGCUUCUCUGCAGCUCAGGCCGACUGGUUUGCUGAGUGUGUUUUUUUUUCCCAACAGGUAUGUAGUGAUAUGUUCUCAUUAGAGCUCAAACAUCAAAGCUGCUAACUAAAACUCCAUAUCCACCAGCUACGACCGAGACUUCAGUGAUCUCCAGAUUACAAAUUUUGAUUUAAUUUCACAAACUGCACAUUGGGAAAGAAGUGGCGUUGCUGCAGCGAUGCUUAGGAAGCAGAGUGUAAACUUAGCAGAGUGUUGACAUCUGCCUGCAUGUUACACGAUCACAAACGCUGAAUAAGAGCAAAAACAGCCACCAUGGCGCUGUCAACAUCCUGCUUAAAUAAAUAUUUUCUACCCUUUCCCAGCAGUUUCUGCAGCUUAAAAGGUUUUUUAAUGGACACUUUCACUGCAUACACCAGUGAUUUGUUGCUCCUCUAAGCUGACAGUGAGUACACACACCUUACAAACGUCUUCUGAACUUAGCUUUAGGCUUACAUGGGUAUAAUCAACAAACUGAAUUCCCUCAAAGUGAUCAUAACAGAAAGUACAUCCUUGCAAGGUAGAGAAAGAGAAAUCAUACGAGGUUAACUGCUCAAUAAGCAAAAGGUUAUGGUGGAAAUCCGAGCUGGAACUCAGGUGGACGGAGUACCUGUCGUAGAAAAAAGGAUCCUAUCAAAGUGAGACAGACAGAACCCCCAUUGUGACAAUGGUGAAAGUACAAGUGAGAGACCGUUUUAGAGGGACUGAAAGCAGCAGGGUUCACUGACUGAAGGAGCAGCAGAUGGAUGUGACCUUAAACUGUAGGACACUGAUUAAACCUAGAGACAGAACAGCAACCCUGUCCAGAAAUAAGUCUAUAACAAACCCCUAAUCCUUUAGAUCCUGAAAGUGACCCCCUAAACUCUGCAGUGUAUCCAAACACAUCCACAGCGUGAUUAAAACCACAGUUACAGCAGAGUUAAAGAAAUUUACUGGCAUUAAUGCCUCAUUGAAAACAGCCGAAUCUGCUCUCUAAAUCUGUUUGUUACACCAUUUCUUAUACCCAACCAAGGAGGUCAUGCAUUUAGUGCUGAUAGUCAAUUGUUAGCAGGAUAACAGAAAAACUCCAGGUCACUUUAUUGUACAAGGCAAAGAACCGGCCAGGGAAGAACUCAUUACACGGUAGAAAAGAUCAAAUUUAGAAACAAGCGAUCGGAUUGGAUCAAUCCCACAAACAAGUCAUAUUGACCAGGUUUUAACUUCCCUGUGUGCAGCAAAGUGAACGCUGUACUGAAGCUACACACACAGUCAAACACCACAGACCUCCCCAUGAAAACAAAUGUCAAGAUCUUGUACGGACUGCAGUUCUGGUGCCCCCAGAAAACCACAGAGGAAACACGAGUUACCAGCUCCGAAGAUAAGCAAGAGGAGAUCAUGCAAAUGUGCAGAAUACUUCAUGUAAGGGCUACUCUCAUAAUGACACAAAGAAAAAGCAUACCUUUUAGUUUCAUUCAGCAAAGCUGCUCCGUCGUUAAAUAGUUGCUGUGUGAGGACCUCCUGGGAAAUUAAAAACAUAUUGUGCCACAAUUUCCCUGUGACUCGGAGCGUCCCAGGGGACAGCACUUUUAAAAUUUCUAAUAAAGGAGACUUGAAAUUACAGAGAGGGGACCGGGCAUUAAUUAAACUGGGGAUUUCAGUGGGGUCAACUUCUCAUAUUUAUCUGUUUAUACCCAUGGUUUGGUUUUCUGUAAGGACUGUUUGGUGUAUUGGGGUCAGAGCUCCUGGGUAAGACAAACAUGUGAAUGUUCUACAGUAUGAUACAGGCGUGAUUUAUGUCUCACAAUAAACCACAGGGCAGUAAAAUCAUGACACAGCGCCGGUCAGGUAGAUCCACCAAAGUUUACUUCUCUGUUUUUGUUCUCUGUCGUGUCAUCGAGGGGCUUUCCACGGUGGAAAUCUGCUAUUUGGUUUGUAAUUAUCAAAUCUGAAUGUCCUCACCUCAUUUGUAAGAUUAACCUUUUAAGAGGAUAUGGAGUGGAAAUCUGUUUCAAUAAGGAUUUUAAUGCCGUAAAAAUGACUCGCAGACAGUCUGAAUGUGCCGUUAUUUCUGCAAAGACCCCUCAUCAGCUUCCUGCAGUUCAGCAGGUAAAAACAUGAGGAACUGACUGUAAACUGAUGAGAAAUCUGAAUUCAAAAUACUUUAGUUCCCUCUCAUGAUGGCAUGAUUACAAAAAGGAGGAGUUUCUGUGUUUUUAUCAAAGUUUAUCUUUGUGGUCUUUGAUUUUAGUGAUUCAUGAUCACUAUAAGAUGACCUCUCUGAAGAAGAACAACCACAUGGUUUUUAGUUUUGUGUCUGUUUUUGUCAGCUUGAAUUUUUUAUAUUGUAGUGAUUGAUGGUAAAUUUUAAGGUUUCAUCAAUUUAUUUAUUAUUUUACUGUGUGACCUACAUGAUGUGAAAUAUUCAAAAGAGAUAACACUAACAGCGUUAAUACAUCAGUUUUCCUCGAUUGAAUACAUAUAUUUGUUGUGUUUUACAAAAGGAUUUUACUGUUUUCAUGAUGACAGCUGUGGAUGAUACCCUGGUUUAUCAUGGUGGUAUUACAGCCCACAUUUUAGGACAUCCUCAGGUAUCAGAGUCAAGUCUCAGACCUCAGAUGAAACAGCCUCAGAUCUCAGGAUAACUAUCUGAGUCCUAAAGUUACUUUGUCUGAGACCUGAGACUGUUUAGUCUGAGGUCUGAGACUUGACUCUGAUACCCAAGGAUGUCCUAAAAUGUCCUCGUACAGUAUAUUUCCAUAUUAGCUGUAUUAUUUGUAAAUCACGCAGCUGCUCACAGUCAUUUUAGUUUGGCGAUCGGCCUGUUGUCUUGAUAACAACAUAUUAUUAUUCAGAAAUGGACACUAACUGCUGAUCGACAUUAUUAGAAUAUUAACUGUUAUUAAACUGUAUAAAACAGGUACAUGAAGAUGUAAAAGUCUGCAGAUUCUAAAGAUGAGCAUCGAGCUGCAGAAACUAAAGAAUGCUGAAUGUCAUUGUGGUGCACAGACCGGCCUUGAGAAAAAAAGGCCAGGGGGACGUGUCAGUCAUAGCGCAGACCCUCGCUGCACAACUUUAAUUACAGUACAUUGACAGUUUGGCAGAUCAGUGCUUAGCUUUGUGUGAAAACCUUCAAACCUCAAUAAAAACAGAUCCUCUGUUCUCUGAUGUUACAAAAGUGAUUUGUUUGUACGAUUUCAGUCCCUGUUUACGCUCUGUGACAUUUGCCAAGUUUCAUUUCCUCCGGUGAGAGUUGAACUUAUUACAGUGUGUUGGUUGUCAGGUAAGUUGAUGGUGUUGUUAUUGGAUAAUCAGGUAGAAAAAGACAGAAUGAGACCGUGUUCAUACGUCACAACAGUAAAGUAAUGUCUGUUUAAAGAGAUGAUGGUUUCACAGCUGUACGAUGACAUCCCUUUGACUGAUGUCAUUCUGAGGGCUGUUAUGUUGCCUUCACCUCUGCACAAGAAUUGGUCUCAUAUCACAUACAAACAGCUUUGUUAAUUUGCUUUAAAGUUACUGACUUCCUUAACAAUAUUUGAUCAAGAUCCGGCUUUAUCUCAAGUUCAACAACAAACAGCAUGGCGGAGCAAAGUAGGAGUGAUGGAUAGCCCCUCCUAGCUUCUGUGGUUGUUUGUUUCACCCUUCACUGUGUUUAAAAAUGACCCUUCAAAGCGGUACCAAGGGUGGAAACAGUGUUCUCUGCUGCGCUGAAGGAGGACAUACAUGCUUGGGUAAUCCUUUACCAUGGCUUUUACAAGGGCCUUUCUUGGACCAAGGCAACACUUGAAACAUCAAUAUCGGGUGUGUUCUAUCCCCUUUGGGCAGGUUCAGUUGAUGGCUUUCCAUCUCUGUAUGAAGGCUUGCUGGCAGAGAUGGAGGAGGCAUGGGAACGCACUGACAUUGAUUUCUCUAUCCCAAUGCACAUUCUGAUGUAUUGACUGCUGUGCCAAUCAGUUAGUGACAUUCUGUUUGCCUCUGUUUGGUGGACCUGAAGGACAGUAAACAGAAUUUUAUUAGACCAAGAGAUGGAGGCCGGGCCGGGCUGGAUUCCUUUCUUUCUGCAGAAGUGUGGUCUUGUUCUGUUUCUCUUGGAUAAAAAAUGACUCUGACUGUUUUCGUGUGCGAAAUGUUGCUCAUGAAAAAUCUGCCGUGACUUCACGUUAAAGCCACGGUGACAGUCUACGGGAUAUUUUCGCCAAGGGGUUCUGGGUGUUGGAUGUACCAUCAUUCACAUGCAUUUGGCUGUUUAUGAUUAUUAUAAUAUCUAGGGGUCUUGUCUAACCCCUCUUACUUCAAAAUAUUGUAGGCUUAUAGGUAAACUAUCAAUGAUGGCAUCAUGUAGGGGAGAGCGGGUAAGAUGAGACUAUUUCUGCUCAUUUUUACACUUUAAAGGGAUAUUCCGGCAUAAAAUUAAUUUAGAGUCAAACACACCGCAACACCGAGUCAGACCCCCCCUCCAGAGAUGAAUGUUGUCGACCGCUUGUUUCUCUAGUUAUACCAACUUUAGUAACGACCGCAGGAUAGCAAUACAGAGAGCCACACGCUCAACCAAAACGCCACAAAUAAUGCUCAGAACAGCACCUAACUUCAUCAACAGGACAUACAGUCGACCCUCCAGAAAUCCGUGAUUCCGUGAUCGCAGAAAUUAUCGCACAUUUCAAAGUCCUCCGUGGAAAUACAAGGCGAGGUGCAGAAUAUGAUAUUUGACAUGUAGUAGUUUUCAGAUGACAGCUCUCAUUUGAAGAGAAAAACUCCAGAGGACCUGAUUUUAAAACCUCCACUAAGACCCGCUGAGGACAGAGAAAAGGUUUGCUGUUGUGUUGUAAUUGUUUAAACCACUCGGAACCGGUGUCCGCACAUGUGCGGGUAAGACCGUGACAUGAGCCUCUCCUAUAUCUCCUCAUGUAUCAAAACACAUCAAGGUGUUUUGUACAAUUUGAAUUAUUAAAAUACUUUUAUAUAUGAAACAAACAGUUUCAUUUCUUUUCUGAAAUACGAAAUCAACCAGAUAAAUACAAAUAAAAAGAACAAGUUUCAAAAUUUUCUUUGCUAAAUGAAAAUUCUCACCCAAAUCAAAAUGCCAGCCACACACACACAUAUAUAAAUACACACACACACACUGUCAAACUUUGUUGUUCAACAGUUCACUUAUUAAAUCUGUGCCACUUAUCUAACCUGUAGAAACUCGACCAGCAGAUCACUGACUGAAUAUUUUGAAACUGGCAUGAUGGUGUUUCUAUAAGGGAUAAGGUGUAGACAGUCAGUCAGUCAGUCAGUCAGUCAGACAGUCAGUCAGUCAGUCAGUCAGUCAGUCAGUCAGUCAGUCAGUCAGUCAGUCGGCUGUAUGGGAAACAGGAUCCCAACAGGAUGAGACAAUAACCUGAGAUGAGGUAGAGUGGUCUUGUGUCACCCUGAAGGGAUGGAACCACGCCUCUUUGACUCGGCUCCUGGUGUUUCUGACGUCUCCUGGAUAUUUUACUGCACUUUUUACCGCCUCAUUCCUGCUGUCAGCUAAUAACAGUUCAGUCAUGAAGGAAUGUCACAGCUGUUUUCUUUGCCCAAAGACAAAGCUACCAGAAAACAGUUGGAAGUUUUUGUGUUUUCGGGACAAAAUCACUUGUUUGACUGUUGACUACGUCGUAGACAAAAGGGCAGUAGGGGCUGGAUUUGUGUUUCAGGCAUUACUUAAACCUGUGGCUGUGACAUCAGUAAACACCUACCAUGAUGGCUUAGAAAUCCAAGCUGUAAACAGCAAGCAAUGUAGAAAUAGCUGCUGUCUGUUAACGGGGCUCAGGGAGAGCUAAGUGGUCUCUGAUGGCUAGCCGUAGAUGUUUUCUGUCAAGGCGUAACUAUCAUGUCAUUUCGUGACUCCAAAUCCCUGCGAAAAGAACCAUUUACAAACUGUGUCUUACUUUGAAUCCCCGGAGAAAAGCAAAAAUCAAGGGUUUCAGUCAGAGGCUGAAAGUGCUUAAGUUCAAGUUUCCACAAAAACGGGUGUAAGAUAAAUAAGGUGCAAAACUACUCCCCAGGGGUCCCAGGCAGGCUGACCAAUGAAAACAAUUAAAAGAGCUUUUCUCACAGUUCAGAGCAAAGAUGAGGGUGAGCUGAAACAUGGGCUGGAUUUAGCCCACACACUGUGGCUCACUUUGGCCCAUAGAGACCAUUUUAGGAAAAACUGUGUCACAGUUCAGCCCGAUCUUUAUCUAAAUCACCAACAUGGUAGGCGGUUUUAGACCUUCGUACUGCUCUUGUGUUUACUAUAGCUGUUAUACUGAUGCCGUUUCUGAAACAGAGCAGGUACAAUCGACGGGUGCUUCCUAAACUUAAUAGUCAUAUGAUAAGAAAUGAGCUAACUAUGCACGGCACAAACUUUCAGAUAGCAGGAUGCUAAGGCUCGGUGUCUCUUUAGAGGUAUGUUUUGCAGCUUGUUGUUACAGCGCGGCGAGCAUAAAAGCUCUUUUCUGACAUCUGUCAGAGUGAAUUAUAGAUCUCCACAUGAGCUGCAGAAGUCUCACUUCUUUUUGCUUUAUGACUUUGUUGUCGUCAGUCAUAUGAUUUUUAGUGCCUGACUGAAACAACACGUGAGAGGGAAAGAGCUCAGAGAAAACACACCACAGCUGCUCCCUACCUUCAGGUAAUGGCGUGUGUGUGUGGUGGGGGUCUGUGUGUGUCUGUGUCUAUAUGUGUCUUUGUGUGUCUUUGUGUGUCUCUGCGGGCUGUGUGGUGGAGGACUGUGAGUAACCUGGAAUCAGAGUCACGCAUCAGGAUUAAAUAACCAAAUAUUUGAGAUUCUAAAUAUACAGUAAACAUGAUAUAAAUGAUAUGAUGGAAAUGCUUUAAACUAUUUCUAGAUUAACCAGAUGAGUGAAUUGUCAGCAUUAGGCUCUAACAUUUAAAGUGGGUUGACAUCGGUCAUACUCACUCUAAAUGUACAAGGAUGGGAUGAUGGAAAUCAGCAUCAGUCUGAACAGUGAGGGACGAGGUCAGGUCUGGACUCCCCCCUCUGAAAUUGAUUUGGCACAGAUUCAUCUGCAUGGAGCAAAUGUGUGUUAAAAAUGCAUGAUGCUUGAUAAUUUCACGGUACAAAUGUUCCUCUUCUAGUCACAUUCAAAAUCAGAGGAGAAGAGGACGACCUAUCCGUCUGUCUGUCCGUCUGUCUGUCUGUCUGUCUGUUUUUCAUGAAACCUUAACCAACAAAAAACAUUGCAAAGACAAAAUCAGUCACAUCUAAAAAAAAGAAACGUGAAUCUCAAACCAGAAAGAAAAGGAAUGAAUGAAUGGAUGGAUAAAUGAAUGGAUGAAUCAUAAUUACACUUUUUUCGCUCUAUUAUCUCGACCUCCAGCAGAGCUGAGCUGAGCAUACAAUGGCACAGACUUAUUCUGCGGCUUUGGCUCUAAACAAACAACUUCAGCGCGGGUAAACUCUGAGCAGAUCAAAUGCACAUUGACAGGCAGGGCUGUAGCCACAGGAAGCCUUCCAAAUUUUUGAGGCCCUAUCACAAGCAAGUUCUUUAACUGACAGUCAGAGUCCAGGCACCAGGCCUAGGAUUGUCACGAAUGUGGGAUAUGCAGAGCCCAACAUCAACUCUCUCUAAUCUGUGCUGAGCUCUGUGGUAUCCCAUGCAGGAUAUCAGAAGUGCCUGUUAUGUUCAGAGAAAAUACGACUUUAAAAGAGACGCACCUGUGUCAUCAAGUCCUGGGUUUGUGGAGCCAAUGCAGUCACCUUAAAGGAGGGCUUGAAAACCCUCUGAAAAACACUGAACAACAAACAUUCUGCUCAAUGUAAAUACAAAUGAUUUAUGAAACGCUGUAGAAAAUGUGUGAUGUUGUUCAAGUUGGGCCCCAUAAUGCAUCCUGGAAGGCAUCCUGUGGUCUCAUGAUUCCUAUUUGGCAGAGCGGGGGUCCACAUGCCAAACAUCUGGACAGGUGGCAUCAAGCCAUUUAGCUAAUAGCAGGCCAGAUUUCAGGCCCAUCUUUGAUGUGCACACAGGGAUUACAGCCGCCCUCUCCUUUUAUUCUUAAUAACUUGAGGCUAUCCUCUCCUCCAUUAUCUUUAUCAAACUCUAUUAAAAAAAUAAUAAUAAAAAAAUACAAACAAAGGAGUUAAAACAAUGACCAUGGAUGAGCAUCAUCAGAAAUAGGACUAAAUGUUCCUAUGAUGCUCAAUAUGGAAAAAUUCAUCAUGUAAAAAAACCUGCAGGAAUAUUCAGAGGACUCAGUCUGCAGUUUUUGCACAGAUGCAUGUAUGUCAGGCAGGAUUAAAUAGGCAUGUAAGGAUUUGUUUAAAAGUAAAAUAAGAACCAGACCAGGAGUUCAUAAUGCUCGAAAUGUCACCACCUGAAUUAUAAUCAUCUUUAUCAGUCACCUCCAGAUACAGCAUGACAAAAUAUAAUUUUGCUCUGCACAAAAAAGUCCUAUUACAACUUUGGUCAGAGUCAGUCAAGGACAGGAUCAGUGGUCUAAGGGUUUCUGUUCGAUUUGCAGGUCCUUUGUUCCAUCGCUGCAUUAUCUCGGUUUUUAACUCAGCCAUUUGAGAGGAAUGUGAUUGGAGGCCAAAUUAAACUGGGCGUGUAUAGGUGUGCAGUUUAGACCUCUGAGUCUGCCAGUCUGCCUUGGGCUCCGGUUUUAGCUCCAGCGUAGUCUAAUGAGCUGUGAGAUUUACUUUUGAUUCGAACCGGGCUCUUUCGCAUGAGCAAAAACACUAAUCAUUCUUGUUUACCAGGAUGAUUUAUGUAGCAUGAAAAACAUGAAUCCCCGUGCUCAUAAAUGUUACAUGGCUGAGCUGAAAAUGUUGUUUCACUGUUGUGCUAACUAAAAGGAGACAGUAUCUGCAUUUAUUCUACUAUCUUUUAGACAAAGCAGGUGCUGCUUGUCCUUCGGAGUCCUAAAGACAUCUCACCCCCGAGGAUAAAAAAACAAAUAUUUGUUGGUUUACUUAUGAACCAGCUGCAUCUUAUAAUAUAUUUGUAAUCACACACAUCUCUGUAUGAUGAUACAUACGCCAGGUUGUGGAAACCUUGUCACGAGGUGACAAGAGCUAGCAGCUGAUAUUUAUUUGCAUCGAUAUCUCUUUGGAAUCACAGAAGGGACACCAUAUUUUAUAUUGAUGACUCAUGUCAAAAAGAUAGCAGACCCUGUCUUUCCUCUCUGGUAGUUUCAUCAACCUUAACUGUGGCUCCUAUCCAACAGAUAUCAUUUCCCCUGAGCUCCAUGGAAAAGAAAAACAACCAAGACGGUGUCUUGGUUAUGAUGAAUACUAAAUAAAACUUUGGCCAGGGAACUGUGACAGUGUUUCUUCAGCAGCAGCAGUUGGGUGAGAGUGUUUGUGUUUUGGAGCAGGUGGAAGCGUCUUAGAGGAGCAGAGAGUGGAGCGAGAUUGAGAGCCGAGGAAAUAAAUCCCAUGCUAAUGACAGCAGUACCUUAAUUAAACCUGAAUAUCCAAAUGACUGCAAAAAUGACAUCAACAGAUAAGCCAACGCCUCAGGCAGGACUAGUGAGGGGCUGCAGGCAGAUUUAAUACUGUACUGAAUGAUUGAUCAGAGCAAACAAGGUGAAGUCCAGAAAGGUCGAGCGUGAUUCGCCGCUGUAUAGCGAGCAGUGCGCUCCCUGCUAUCUUAAGAGGCCCAUUAGCUUAUACAUUCAGCAUGACUCUGCUCCUCCUUCAGAGCCACGGCCUUGAGCUUUGAAGGGAAAUAAAUAGCCUGAAAUUCCUCUAAAACCAGCACAGGGCCAAAAAUGACGGGGAGGGUCCUAAAUUACUUUGAUGAGACAGCUGGAACAUGCAGAGGAUUAUAUAUAUUUAUGUUGCAAGAUCAGUUUCUCAGCUAUAAUCAUGGGACUCGACGUUUGAAUGGGGUUAAAGAUACACUGUCAUGAAAAUCACCUACUAGGCUGACUAAUUAAAACUGUUGUACCAUAUGGAGCACAAUUAAUAGGCCCUGAUCUGCAAGGCUUUUAAGGUCAAGAAUGACUCGCACUGAGGUAAGACCCGUGCACACGCUCUAGUUGCAGGAAGUGAUUUAUCUCAAUCACACUUAAAGACUGAUUAGGGACCUGCCUCACUCUGGUGAUUCAAAUAAAUUAUCCCCAUUAUGACAGUAGUUUCUAAUCACAGUUAUAAAACAGCACCUUUAUGGGCCCGUGGCUGUGAUGUUCCAGCAGACUCUACUCAACCCCGAGCGCCUGCUUCUUUCAGGAUGCUGAAUGUAGUGGACUGUUCUAUUUGUGAGUUCCUGUAUUGUGCCAGAGAGCCUGUCCAUUUUCAACCUCUUUUCCAAGAGCAUCUCUCACAGCUCCAUUAGCUGAGUAUGCGGGGAGAAGCAGGGGGUCUGGGCGUGCACGUGUGUGUGUGUGUGUGUGUGCGCGUGCGUGUGUGUGAUGGUGUGAUGGGGGGGGCAUUAAGAAAUAGGGAAAAAAAGGAAUGCUAACAUUUGAAGAGAGAGAGGUUUGCUGAGUGCACUUUUCUGACUUUGGUGCUCCACUUAUCUGUGAUGCUCUGUCGGAGGAAACCAGAGAGAGGGCAGCAGAGGCAGAGAAGAGAUGAGUCAGAACUCCUACACUAAUAACUGAAACAAGCCCUGCAGGUUCAUAUCAGAGUUCAUCAUUUAAAUGUACGAGGCUUCGUUACAGGGGGGGCAAAACAAAAAGACAUACUGCUGAACAUACUGAUGGAAGGUCACCACCUUGAGGUGUCCACCUUUCUCAGUGUUUGUGAACGCUCACAGACGAGAGUGAAAUUCAAUCCGUGUCCUUGUUUUUAAUCAGCGGGUCGGAGAGCUCUCGUUACACGCAGCCAUUACUUCCUCUCCUUAUGAAAAUUUCACUAUUUCAUUUAUUAAACAUGUUAUUCUGCCCAACCGCAGACUAACCUUGAUGACAGCCCACUUAUUACACAGUAUUUACCUCACUUGUAUUGCUCUAUUAAACAGGCAUUGAGAUUUCUGCAUUCAGUUGUGUAAUGGAGGUUUGAAUUGAUUCAUAAUAACUAUAAUGUUCGGAAAAGCAAUCCAAGGAUGCAUCCUGGCGCUGCGUUCAUAGGCUGACACUGAGAUGGAGGUUAAUGGUGCAAAACUUGUGUGUCUCACAUUCCAGUCGGCGGUGUUUAGACUUCAUGUCUGGGUUCCUCCUCUUUUGAACCACGCAGCUUUUCUUUGAAUACAUCUGAAGGCUGGGAGGUGAUGAUGGUAAGAUGUGUAUUUAAAUCCUGACAUACAGUUUGUCUGACCCGGGGUUGUAGAAGUCCGCCUAACAUCUGACUGAGGACUACUUAUUAAUGAUGCUGUUUACAACCAGGGUGCAUGAUGCAAAUGUGAAAAUGCACCAUGCACGGACAUGUUUGCUGAGUUAACACAUUGAUAAAGAUAAAUAUGUGAAGAAGCUCUGCAGCCUUGUCUUCAGCCUUGUUCAUGAUGGCAGAAUAUCAUGUCCUUGGCUGGGGUCUAACUGCAGUGGAGCGGUCAUGUCUACUACCUCUGUAGGUAUUUACUUAGUCACAGAUUGACCUCUUUUCUUCUCUGCAUGUUGGUAAAAAACGAUAACAACAACUUCAAUGCAAACAAGAUUAAAUUUAAUGCCAACAGUUUAAAGGAACAGAAGAUAAAACAGUAGUAUUUAAAUGUAAACGUCAUAUAGAUGAAGGAUCCAUCCAUGUAGCUCAGGCUAGUAUUUGAUUGUUUUUGACUCUUAUUUGCAAUUCAAUCGAGUCCAAAUUAAAAUCAUAAAGCUGUUUGGUUCCAGGAACAUUUCUUGUCUUACAUCUCCAUUAAGCAAAUUUUGGUAAUUUCCUUCCCUGGUAUGUUUAAUUAGAAAUGUCGUCUCAUAUAAUUCUAAUUUCUUUUGCCUCGUUUAUUUUUUUUUCCCUCAUACCUCAUGACAAAUAAAUUAAUUCUGUUCAGUCUCUCUUUUUGUUUUACUUUUAUUUAUUUAUUUUGUUUUGGCCGCUCUCUCGCUCUCUCGUGUAUUUGCAACAGAUUCUUGGAAAACAUUCAGAAAUGCCUCGUACAUUACCUGCCCAUUCCACAUUGUGACUUCAGACUCUGCGAGGAGGUCGUAAUAGCCUCUAAAUGAAAAAAAAAAAUGCUCUUUCUCAGCAUUAAACCUGCAUGAGCUGGCUAGCCCUAAUGGUUUUCAACUGCCAAUCAGUACUCUGGCAUAUUCUACCACCUAAAUUAAUUCAAAUCCUCUGUCCUCAUACUCUAAGAGAUACCCAAUGACAUGCAGCUCGCCUGAAAAUGGAUGUCCUCCGGAGAAGCGCUGAAGUGAUUUCUGCAGGUUAUUCGAAAGCAAACGCAGCGUGCUUCUGUCAGAUCAUGGUCAUAAAGAGGGUGUUUGAAGGUUUACCCCACCGGGGAUUAUGAAUUACAUGGUAAGAGGUUGGGCUCUGAAUGUGUGCCAUGGAGAGACACUUUUGGAGAGACAACACUGGCAGAGGACAUAUAGACGUUUUAGACAGGGAUGAUGUAACAGGUUAGAAGAGGUAUAAGAGGAGGUAUAAGAAAAUAUCAAAACCAGCGUCAGUCGUUGUUUCGUAUAAAAAUGCAGACAAAAACCUUAGGAUUCCUCGCCAACUACUUUAAGAUGCCGAUCCAAAUCGAUCAAUUAUGGCAACUUUCCCUCUUUCUUUGCAGUAUUAAUCCACUCGAUUAACUAACAGUUAGGCUGUGAGUUCACACUGUGACUUUUAUAUACUUUUCCCUGAGAGACGUUUCUCUGAGACGUUCGUAUUUAAUGAUAUUUUCUCCUCCAGAGAUGCAGAUUUGUUUUGUUGGUCUGUUUAUUUAUAAUGUUCAAUAUGUUAUAAUUGCAGCUCCAAAAGUGAAGUUAACAAACAUUAUUUCUGUUUGUUUCAGACCGACUCGAUCAAAACAUGAACACAUGCAAAGUCUCAAACCCAAACUACUACAGGCAUGUUCUGUAAAAUGGACAGGGUGGACUGUAUAUGGUCUUCUGAGCUUUUACAUCACACGUCACAUUCACCCAUUCACACGUCACAUUCACACACUGACUGCAGACACAGCGUGGAAUUGAACCUCCAACCUCCCUAUUAAGAGAGGACUGAUGAACUGCUGAGCCCUAGCUGCCCUCUGCAGGUAGAAAAUCCUUCCUGGCAAAAACGCUGCAAAUACAUAAAAACCCAGAAAAGGACCGGGAUUGAAAAAAGUUUCACCUACUGCAUGAAAAUACAGUCCUCAUAACUCGUUCAACAAAAGCCCACAACUUUGGUCUGAUGUUGGGGAAACUGGAUGUUACAAUUUCAUUCCUGGAGAUAAACCUGACAACACUGCUGCUGAAAAGUGCUGCCAUACCCAACAACUCUCUCUCUCUCUCUCUCUCUCUCUCUCUCUCUUCAUGUAUCCUGUUCAUAAUCCUGUCCACAUUCUGUCUCAAUCUUGACCACCUCCUGCUGGUUCAGAUGUGGGGGCUGCUGCUGAAAACAACACUAAUGUAUAUUUGAGAUGAAACUAAAGUAAAUAAGAACGACUGCAACCGCUGAACCAGAAAAACUUUAAUAAAUGUCACAGCUAUACAUAAAUAUAUACAAGAAUAAACAGAGUCUAAUCAUAAGUAUAAGAAUUAGUCUGUGUGGUAGAUUACACUAUUAAAGCAAAUAUUCAUUUUAAUUAUUAUACGGUGAACACAGAAACUUUCAGAUUCUCACAACAGAACCAAAAAGUGUGUCCAGAACUCGCUCAAUCACUAAUACAGAGCUUUAAUUAUAUAUCAGCUUUAAUCCAGUUUCUAAAGGUCCAAUUGAUUGGGUUUGUUAAAACGUCUGAAUGACACUUAAAAAAAGCACGAAGUACCACACUCAUUAGCCACUGUUAACAGCUUCAAGGACUCAGAGAAGUACAAAAACCUCUUUCAUUUGGUUGGUAGGUGCCAUGCUGCUGCUGUGUUUCAACUUGUCAACAACAGUGCCAAGUCCCCACUUGGGAAUUGCCCAAGUCAGCCCUGCUACCUUUGCUAAAUUUGGUGCAAGAUGUAACAAGAGAAAAAUGCUCCAUCAAUCAUGUUCAGAUGCAGAAAGGGAAGAGUGGGGGGGGGGGGUUAGAGUCAGAGAAAUGAACCAGCGAAAGCUCUGCCAACAGCCAUUUCCUGCAUGAGAUGAUGGGAAAACUUUGCUGAACUCUCCGGGGACAUCAUUUGUGAACAAACCAGCGUCCUCCAGAGCCUGAAGUUUAGAGCGGCACCAAGCGCUUGGUUGUCUUUUUUUAUUUUUUUAUUUUAGCUUUUCGACAGUAAAAUCCUCCUUUGCGUCUGUUACCUGCUCCAUCAGAUAAAGUCUGCCUGCCAAGGCUUAAGUGUGUCAAUGAGUAGGGAUGGAGUUGGUGGUGGGGGAUCAGUGAUAAGUGCAGCUUACCUCUUCAACCGCUCCACACAAGCCAAAUAGAGAUAAACCCAUUUCAACCCCUAAUAGCACAUGUCAGUCAAAAAUCUCAGGAACACCUGAAUCCUUUCUAACAAGCCCCCCCUCACCGGGUAGAAAACCCAGAGGGGGUUCAAAGCUCACCUGAUGUUUUUGGUCACAUCGACCCCCAAAAUGACGUCUGAAAUCAAGUCUGUGAUUACUUGGUAUUAAUUCUGAAGUUGACCAAUUCUGAUGCAUAUUAAACACGCCCACAUGAAGAUCAUAUAUGCACAUCUGACCUGAGACGGCCCCCCGAGCCUCAGCUGCCACCACAGUUCAGAUCUGUGGUGGCAUUAAAUGAAACAACAUUUCUCAAACAUGAAUCAUUUCUUACUCUCAUUUCUGUUGUCAGUAUUGUAAAUGUGUUCACUAGUCCAGGGAAUAGCAUGUUCAAACCCCACGACCAUGACUCUGAUUAGUUGUUCAACAAUCCCAAAUGUCAAUACACCCUGUUGUCUGUAAAUAAGAGAGUGUGAUUUUCCUCUGGCAACUCUUAUUACGUCGUCGAGUUCUCCUAAGAGGAAUUUAACAGGUUUAAAACGAGGACAAACACAUCGCUGUUCUGGAAAAUGCAGAGACUGGUGCAGCGCUGCUUUAGUGAUCCAUCUGUGGAGUAUUUAGCUGUGUUUGUUUUAGCUUCAUCUCCUUCACCAUUUUUCUUGAAUCAAAAAUCUAUAAAACCUUAAAGUUUUUGAAAACGUAAAGAAAAGCUGAAAUGACCGUGUUCAUCUGUUACAGUGGUGGGUCAGAUUUUAAAGACAUUUAUUAAACAAUUCUAAAAAUUAAAUCAACUUUUAAGAAUAUGAUUGUGUUUGGAAAAUAAAGUGACGAUGCAGUAAUGUUGAGUAACUCAGUAUAUUGUUGGUAAUGUUAACACCAAGGUGGUAAAACUGAAGUCUGAGUGUGAAGAUGAUGAAGGUACGUUUGAAAUCAUCAGUUAGGUCCUCCUUUCUGAACAUUUUCAGGCUGUUUUGUCCUGAAGGACCUGAUGGCGGGUUUACAUUUUCAAAGAGAUCAUGAAAGUAUUUGUUCUGAGGUUUAUUUAUUUAAAAUCCAGAAGCAGAACUCUUUCAGUCUUCUCUUGAAGAAACUGUGGACAUGGCAAAGUUUCUCAAAACAUGUAUAAUGGACGUCAUCUGCGUCCUCGCUGAGGAGAACAGCACCCUCUGGUGACGGGCUGCAGUAUAGGUCAUAAACCCCGCCUCCUCCAGCAAUCCCUAUGGAGCUGUGGACAAACUUUAGAAGUUAAUGACACAGAAUAUAAACUUUUUCUCCCCCCUGGUUGUGAUGUUGACAUGUAGUUACUGUCAGACUGGUUUGUGCUCAAGUCCUCUUUUUUCUGUACAGCUCUGUUUAUAAAAGUUAUUAGGGGGUUUAUGUUUUCUAUGAUUGACACCUGAUACAGCCUAUGGGGGUACACAGAUUGUGUAGAUCAUCCAGGGUUAAAGACUCUCACAAAGAGUAUCUCGCAAAUACACGAGAGAAAUUUGGCUUCAAGUUCGUACAAUGACGGGAGGAGGAGCCAAGUUGCCCAAAGUAUAUUCAGUCUAUGGGAAAGACGGGAUGAUCAACUUAGUCUCUGAUCCAUGUAAAAAAAAACAACAUUCAUCAUGUGUUCAAGUGUGGAGCUGUUUUACCCGAGAUAGUGUUUAUGUUCACGGAUAAUGUUAGCUCUACCUCGGUUUAUUUCAGCACAAAAACAAUCAUGACAGAGCCGCUAACAUUAGCCAUAAACCUGAAUCUGUGAACCUAUUCUCAUUGGCUUUGGAAAUAACACAUACUGCUGUCUGUAUUAAAAGAGAAGCUCGCUAUCAAGGCAGCUACGCCCACAUGACAGGCCAUGAAAUGCACACGCAGAAACACGGUGCAGAUGGAAGACGUGUUCCUGAGCGGGACAGCUCCUCUGAUAGCCGGAGACAUGAUCGCUCUUUUUGAAAGCUUUCUACGGGCUUUCUAAGAUUUCUACGGGAUGGUUGUAGAGCUGGGCAGCAUUGUGUGAGGACGGUUCUGAGUGUUGGGAAUUUGUUCAGCUUAUCAAAGUCCAUGAGGGACUGAGCCAGCAGACUGCAUCCAGAGAUAUGUGGCUAAUAUUCAGUAGCUCCGACUCAGCUGCUUUAUUUGCUCCAUAUCUCUUCCUUGUUUCAAUACACAGCUAGUGGGAUCCUGUCAGAAUGUGGAUAGUGAUGUUUAUGAUGGAGGUCAUGAUAGGAAUCUGUUUUCUUUUCUCUUUUUUUUUUCAGGUAUACACAAGAUACGGGAAAUGUUACACUUUUAAUGGCAACAAGAGCACAUCCAGGAAAGCCAAGCAGGGAGGGAUGGGGAACGGUCUGGAGAUCAUGUUGGACAUUCAGCAGGAUGAGUAUCUGCCGAUCUGGAGAGAGACAAGUAAGCUUCCUAACAGCAUGAGAUACCUCCAUCUGUGCAAUUAACAUGAAAUCAUGUGUUUUUUAAUUGCAUCUCUGCUUUUAUGUGAUUAGUCAAAGGAAACUCCAAAAACAGACGAGUGCCUGCAUUGUAGCAGAGGUUUUAAUCCUCCGCUUUAUUAUCUGAACCGUAAUUGAAAUACGGUUUUAAUGUCAAACCGAGUCCAAGCUGUGAAAUGAGGAAGCCGUUUGAAAUUCUCUUGUCCUCUCCUUUUGUGGCGCUCCUCGCUCGUGCCGUUUCAUCUUGAAGACGAGACUUCCCUGGAGGCAGGUAUCCGAGUUCAGAUACACAGUCAGGACGAGCCUCCCUACAUCCACCAGCUGGGCUUUGGUGUCUCUCCGGGCUUUCAGACCUUUGUUUCAUGUCAGGAGCAGAGGGUAGGUCUUCUUUAUCACAACACUCUUUCCCGCCCCCUCCUCCCUCCACAGAUAACUGUUCUACCAGCUACCAUUCGUCCCUCGUGGAUCACACCAGGGUCUAAUAAAUCUCUGUGUGCUUAGCUGACCUACCUGCCCCAGCCCUGGGGGAACUGCCGCUCCACCAGCAAAGAAAAGUUCCCAGGAUACGACACAUACAGCAUCAGCGCCUGUCGUUUGCUCUGCGAGACCAACGAGGUGCUGCGAGUGUGCAAUUGCAGGAUGGUGCACAUGCCGGGUAAGAUUUCACACUUUAACAGAACCCCAUGUGGCAGGAAGUAAUCUGUGAACGCACACACGUGUAUUUUAUUUUAUUAAAACCAAGUUACAAUUACAGCAGGAUUGAAAAAUGAGGUUUGGAUUAGGCCUGAACGAUAUAUCGUUUGACUAUCGUCAUCGCGAUGUACGUGUGUGCGAUAGUCACAUCGCAGAGCCUGCGAUAUUGGAGGUGAAUGAACUCAUUUAAUUUCAAGGGUAACCGACUGAGAUACACUCCAUGUGACUCUGCAUGUGCUGUGCAGCGAUCCACCAAUCGCCUUCGUCCUUAACUCAGUUGCCAAUCAGACUCACUUCUCAGUUGCCAAUCAGACUACCCUGCCAGCUGUCAAUCAAAAUCAGGGAGGAGAAAACCCACCCCUGCACAUGUUCUGCACAUGGAGGGAGACGUGUGUCCGCUGAGAAUUACUUUCGGAACUUUACUCAUGACUGUUAAGCCCAACAAAUAAGAACUGUAUGGGUUUUAAAUUGUACAUUUCCGUGGACCACUCUACUAUAAGUAGUGCGCGUUUUGCGAGGUGCAUGCAAUUCUCGGAGGACAUGCGUUUCUCGGCACAACACCGCUAACAACAACAACAACGAUCGCAAAAUGAACAACGAACAAGCGAAAACCAACGAAAAUGAAGAUUUGUUGGCAAAAAGAAAAGGAAAGUCAGUUAUCUGGAAUUAUUUCUGUUAAAAGAAGGAUGAUGUCGACCAAAACACGUGUUCUGUGUUCAUCUGUUGCCACAAUAACAUCCCAGCACAAUAAAAGCUAAAAAUAUCUCUGAGACAGACAGAAGCCGUUCUACUAAUGUAGCGUAGGACCACAAUUUAACUGAGAACUGUAAGGUACAGUAGGGCGCUAGCCACCGCUCCCUGGCGUCCCUUACUAUGGACAAAGAUGCUGUGGACUCUCACUAAAUAACAGGGGAGGGACAAGGAUAUAAAGGGAACAACAUAAACAUUUAUUACACCACAAACAAAAUUAUGCACAAUUGCCUCACAAAUCUUAUACUAAAAUAUGUCCUGUCUAACUAUACUAAGUCCUACUUAAUACUAAACCUAAUGGUACCAAUGUUGCCCGGGGUUGGAGCUCAAAGGAGGACGUGAGGAUUCUGAUGCAGCCAGGAUGGAGGUCUGUGGAGAGGUCCCGAUGUUGAGGGAUUAUGUGCUCAGGUGUCCGCGGGAGAUGAAUGGGAGCUGUUCUCGGGUGAAGAGGGGAGGGGGUGAAGAUGUGGUCCAGAGGAGGAGGGGGUGAACUAAAGUCCUUAAGCUGGGGCCAGUUAAUGCUUGCUGGGAUACGAAGGACAAUGACGCCGCUAGCGAGACCUAGCUAGCCACUGUCGGGAAAACGAGAGCUAACAUUAAUCGGCGAUCUAACUUCAGUUCAAAGUCUGUUUGUUCCUCUUCAGGUACAAUCUUCACUGGUCUAAAGACAACUUGUUGUGCGGGUUAUUAAUCACCCAAAACUUCACCGAAGUAAUGAAUGAAUCUGUGGAAUACACGAAGCUGCUCCGAUCGUCUCCUCUUCUCAAACUUUCUCCUCUCACUCUCCCAGCUGACACACACACUCGCACCAAAUCACACGCGCACUGAUACAAACAUAUCAGCCCAAUUACAGCAACACUGAAAGGACGUAUAUCUCCGCUGUAUGAAUGACAUCGGGCACAACAACAACAAUAACAACUGUACAUCGCUGCAGUAACAAUAAUAAACAGGAUCUCAAAUAACAAACCAGAAGUAAAGAAGAAAGAGGGCUUAACUGGGCAGGGAGCAGCGGGAAGCCUAUGUUACUGCUUAGAGGGGUUCUUAAAGUAAAACUAUAAAACUAAUCUUCUAGCCACUUCUGAGUCUUCAAUACAGCCGCCCCCUAAUUCGCUAUGCGUAAUUAGCUAUCACUCAAAUCAGAAGGCUCAGAGUUAAAUCAAAUACGGUAAGUUAAACUAUAAUAGGUUGACUAUCUAGCAGGAUGAAGUUACGGGGGCGAGAUCAGGGGUGGGUCAUCUGUAUUGGCGUCAGGGAAAGCAGGGAGCUCUAUGAGUCUCGUGACCGGCCUGGUGUAGGUCCGUCCCUGGACAGUAACAUCUGCCGCUCUAACUUUCCCAUCAGAUCCGACGAUGACUCUGCUCACUCGCCCUACAGGCCAGAUAGCUCUUGGUAGAGACUGAUCAACGAUCAUCACGACUGUGCCUUCGGUUAGAUUGUCCUUAUCUCUCACCCAUUUCUGUCGGGCUUGGAGGGAGGGGAGAUAGUAUAGGAGGAAAUGGGACCAGAACUGAUCAGCUAAAACCUGACUGUGUCUCCACAUCCUUCUUCCUCUCAUCUCAUCUUGAUGGUACACGGUCUGGGGGAGAGCAGGGUCCAGCCGCCCCAUAAGGAGGUAGUUUGGAGUCACAGGGUCCACAUCAGCGACGUCCGUGGAUACGUACCCGAGAGGUUUGGAAUUCAACACUCCCUCUAUCUCAGUCAAAACAGUUGCCAAGACUUCAUCAGAAAUGGACUGUGCUCCCAACACAGUGUACAAGGCGGUCUUAAUAGACCUCACUUCUCUCUCCCAUGUGCCCCCAAAGUGAGGUGCAUUUGGGGGGUUGAACUGGAAGUGGACUUGAGCUGGAGCUAAACGGGACUUCAGUUCUCCUGACAUGGCCUCAAAGCUCUCACGUAGCUCAGACUCUCCUCCCUUGAAAUUGGUCCCCUGGUCUGACAACAGCACGGCAGGGUUCCCUCUCCUAGCUUGAAAUCUCCUGAAGGACAUUAAGAAGGAAUCUGUAGUCAUAGACUGUAGCAACUCAAUGUGUACGGCUCUUGUGGUCAUGCAUUUGUACACGAUUCCCCAGCGCUUCUCAGUCCCCCUCCCUCUCUUGACUAAGAAUGGACCAAAACAGUCUACUCCAGUUGUGUGGAAUGCCCUCUCUCCUAUCCUCAAUCUUGAAGGUGGCAAAUCGGCCAUCUUGGGUAUGGCGGGCUGGGCUCUCCAUUUCUGGCAGGCGGUGCACGCUCGCUGGAAUCGGCGUACGGCUUCUCUUCCCUGCAGUAUCCAGUAGCGUCGUCGUAUCUCAGCGAAAACUCUCUCUGCCCCUGCAUGGCACACUGCUUGGUCGUACUUCUGAAUGAUUAACUCUGUCACUUUGUGUUUGGUUCCCAACACAAUGGGAUGUUUAGUGUCUUCUGAUAGGUUCAUAGCACGUCGUAACCGACCUCCCACUCGGAUCAGACCUUCAGAAUCAAGUUCCGGGGCUAGUCUCAGGAGUCUGCUAUCUGACGGGACGGGCUUCCCAGCGGUCAAGCACUCCAGGUCCUCAGGGAAGGAAUCUCGCUGGGCUCUCUUCAGGACUGAUAGUUCUGCUUCCACAUAAUCUGCUGCACUUAGGUUUGUAGUGGCCGGGAGGUCUGGGUGGUGCCAAAGAAAAGUCGCCUUCUGCAGAUGCUCAAGUGUAAGACUGUCAUCAAGGCAGGGGCCAUCUGCAGGUGGGACCUGACAUAAUCCACAAAACGGUGAUCUCUUCAACUCUGCCUCGUCUGGGUUCUCAGCGAUGGAUGGUGGUAAUGGCCAGUCUUCCUCGGGCUGCCGAAGACUGGUCCGCAACUGUAAGGGUUCGCUUGAGACAGGGUGGCGAGGGUAGCACCUCUAGUGAUUAUAUCCGCCGGGUUACUUCCUGUGUCAACAUAUCUCCAACACUCCACUCCGACUAGGUCUUGGAUCUCCGAAACCCUUGUUCCGACGAACACUUUAUAGCGGCAGGAUUCGGAUUGAAGCCAGGAAAUCACAGUCAUGGAGUCGGACCACAGGAUGGUCUCCUGCAGCGGUAGGGUGAGCUCGUCCUUUACCAUCUUAGCGAGUUGUGCGCCGACUAGGGCCGCACAGAGCUCCAGGCGUGGGAUGGACUGCUGCUUACGAGGGGCUACCCGAGAGCGGGCUAGGACGAAGGCUAUGUGGACGUCACCAGCGGUGUCGAUUGCUCUGAGAUAGACCACGGAUCCGUAAACAGUCUCGGAGGCGUCACUAAAGACAUGCAAGUCUAUCUUACUCGUUCUCAGGUCGACGGUCGGAGGGAAGUAGCUGCGUGAAAGAGUAACUUCACCGAGGAGAGAAAGUUCUUCUUCCCACUCGCUCCACUUGGCAGCGAGGUGAUCAGGGAUAGGGUCAUCCCAGCCCAGGUCCUUUGCCCACAACUCUCUCACCAGCACCUUGGCUCUAGUCGUAUAUGGGAGGAUAUAACCGAGUGGAUCGUACUGACUUGCAAGAGUACUAUAAAUGCUUCUUCUGGUGAUGCGCUCCUUCGUAGGUGGGGUGUGACGGUAGUGCAGAGUGUCUGUUUGGAAGUGCCAUACGAGACCCAAGGUCAUCUCCUGAGCCUCUCCGGGGCUCUGGGCCAUCCAGGUCUCGCUGCUCUUGGCUUUGGCUUCAGGGGGAAGCUGACUGAGCACCCCAGGAUGGCUACUUGCCCACUGACGCAGGUCGAAUCCUCCCUUCGCUAGCAAGGUCCUCAGCUUCAUAAGGAUGGUUUCGGCCUCAUGCUCAGUGGGGACACUCUGUAGACAGUUGUCUACAUAAAAACAGCGUUCGAUACUGUGGCGGAUGUCUUCUCCUGCCUCUGGGUCGUCUGUGACAUGCUUCUGCAGUGCGAAGAUCGCACAGCAGGGGCUGCAGGUAGUACCAAAUGGUAGUACUUCCCAUUGAUAGAUAGAAGGGUGUUCAUCACUUGGGUCAUCCCUCCACAGGAACCUCAGUAGGGGUUUAUCCUCUUCCAGAAGGUGGAUCUGGUGGAACAUUCCCUUAAUGUCCCCACUGAUUGCCACUCUGUCCUGCCGGAAGCGCACGAGGACUCCUAGGAGUGAUGGCCCAAGGGUGGGGCCGGGAAGGAGGUACCGAUUUAGACACUGUUUGCCGACCUGGAAACUGCAAUUAAAGACUACUCUGUCUUUGCCAUUGUGUCGGACCUUGUGGUGCGGUACAUACCAACUCUCUCUUGAUUUUCCCGCUUCGUAGUUGUCUAUCUUCUUUACAUGACCGCUUACUAUUAACUUGCCAAUCUCAGCUCGGUAAACUGCUGCUUGCUGCGGGUCCUUGGCCAGCCGUCUCUCCGUGUUCCUCAGGUAGUUGCUGACUACUUCCUUGGAUACGUGCAAAGUCGGCAUGUUUUCUCUCCUCAAUAGUGGAGUGGCAUACCUCUGUACUCCCUUGACGUCUAUCCUCUUGGUCUUCUGCUCAAGCAGUGUCACGGCGUACUUAUCCUCCUUGGAGCGCACCAUCUGUUUCUCAUUACAGAAGGGAAGAACGUCCAGUUGCCACAGGCGCUCGACGUGGUUCAGCAGAGUGGCGUCGGCAGAGGUGACUUUGCUGUACAGGCAGCAGGUUGGUGCUAUUCUAUUGCGGGGAGAGUUGAAUGGACCUUGGAGAGUCCAACCCAAUCUUGUCUUAACGGCUGCUGGACACCCUCGGGGCCCAAAAUAUACUGCACUGACAGGGACGAUAAGGUUGGUGUGAUCAGAGCCGAUGAGGAGGGUUGGGUUGACUUGAUCGAUUAGUGGUACCGGUAGGCGUCGCAGGUGCUCAAACCUCUCUUUGAGUUGCUCUAUAGGAUAAUCGUACUGAGACAGACCAAUCUGCUGGCUAGUGAAGACGUCGGUCACUGGAUACUGUUUGUUUGGCUGGUCAGCAGGGGAUAUGGUGAAAGCGACUCUCUCACCCUUGAUAGUCUUUAGAUCUCGACGGAUAGUGCGGAGGUUCAACUUCUCCUCCUGUCCCUUGAUUCCCAGUUCCUCUGCAGCAGAUGCAAGUAAGAGUGUUCUCUCAGAACCGUCGUCAAGGACAGCGUGGGUGUCCAGUACUCUAUCCUUGUAGCGUAGGAGGACUCUUACUAUCUUCAACAUCACUCUGGAACUUCCGCUCUUUGCUGGGUCGAUGUAGUGUACCUCGGCCGUUGACUCAGUAGGCGUUUCUCUGCGAUUAACAUCAUGCAGGAUGGUCAGGUGGGUAGCUUGACAUUGCCUACACCUCUUCUUAAGGUUGCACUCUGACGCUUUGUGUUGGCGGGCACACCUCCAGCAUCGCCGAUUGACUUUGAUCCACUCUGUGGUCUGCUCUUUGUUCAUCUUGGUGAAGUCUUCGCAGGCAUGUAGCCAGUGCUCUUUAUCACAGAAGGGGCAGUGAGGUUUCACCUUGCUCUUGUUCGGAGUGGAAGGUUCUUUCUUAUGGGCUGACUGGGUCGGUUUCGGUUUGAAAUCUUCUGUCUGAAGCAUCACAGUAGUUGGUUUCCCAUGACCUCUGCUCUUCUUUCCUACAUCUCCUGGGGUUGGGCCGCCCCGUAGGGAGGGGUCCAAUCUGAGGCUCCGAACUUCCAUCCGUAAGAAUGUGGAGAGGUCCAUCAGGGACAACUCGUGCUGAGAUGCGUGGAGGUAGUUUCGUUGACGCCUAAAUCUCUCCUGUCUGAACUUGGGAAGUUUGUCAAGGAUGCGCUCUACAUUGGAGCUGGCGUGGAGUUCAUGAUUUCCUUUCUCCUGCUGGGACUGGAGCAUGCCUACUAGAGAUUGUACUCGUACAGACAGGUCGUCAAGGGUCCGGUCAUCUUUGACUGGAGGAAGUUUCUCUAUGUCCCUCAUCUCUUGGAGGACAUAGUCCCAUGUUCGCCCGUAGCGGUCAUCAAGAUCUGCUAUUGCAUCGGAGUAAGGGGUAGCGGAGUGUGCAUGUGCUAAUACAAUAUUAUGGGCCCGAGGAACCUUGACAUGUUUCAGCAGGAGGGCAUAUUUAUAACGCUCAUCUUGGGAUGGAGAGAGCAGGGUUCCCAAGCACAUGCGUAGCUCUGUAUACUGGGACCUGUCCUCUUUAGUGAAAUCAGGAAAGGUCGGCUCUUCUACUCCGUAGAUGGCUGCUGGUCGAGAGGCUAACUGGAUGGGAGAACUAUGAUAUUGAUUAAUCAAUGGUGAGAACGGCUGAUCUUGGUUAGCGGGUCUGUAGUUCUGCAAACCAGGUUGGUGUUGUGAGCUAGCUGCUGGAGGAGGGGUCACUAUGCCGUGUCCAUCUAGGGGGGGAGGCGGUUGGCUCAACUGUGCAGGUAUGUUGUAAGUAGGGUCUCGGUCUCUUUGAUAGGCAGAGGAGACAUGGGGAGCUGGGAACUUUGCGUGAUCUCGUAUUUCAUCGUCUAGUGCUUGCAGCUUGUUGGAUAGCUGUAUAGCUACCUCUAUGGGUUCUGCCUUUGUGCCAUAUACCGCUUGGCUCAGACGAGCUGGGGAGUGUUGUCUCGACUCUCUGCGUGAGGACUGCCUGGAGGAUCGGGCGGAGGCACGUGCGGAUUGACUCUGAUAGGCCUCGGUAAGUAACUGGAUAGUCUGUCUAGCAGCUUCAUCGUUCUGUUUAGCUAGCGCUACCAGAGCCUGGGUGUGUGCACUCUCUCUCUCAGCUUGUCGCUCAGCCUGUUGUCUAGCUAACGUUGCUAUGGUUUCAGCUUGUUGCCUGACUAGCACCACCUGUUGCUCUGCUUGUAAGCGUUCCCUCUCCAUCUGCAUCUUAGCCUGCAGCUGUUCCCUUUGUAUAGCCGCUUCCUCCAGACGGCGUGUAGCCUCCUCUGUUGUCGCCAUCUGCAGUUUAAAUAACUCUAACAGUUCUUUGUUGUUAGUUUUUCCUGAUGUAGAAGAACGCACUGAGGCAGGGCUUCCUGGCGGGGUAGGUGUUCUGGGUCUGAGGAGCUCAUUAUCAUUCAUGUCAAACAUGUUCAUUGGAUCAGCCUUGCAUAGCUCGUCAGCUCGUAAAGAGGGACUGACACCUAUCUUGUGUAUAUUAUCCAUGCUACGGUUAAUAGGUAGAUCAAACAUGCGGGGCCUGGUCUGAAUAAGGCUUCUAGUACUACCUCCAUGUGACUGUUCAAAGGUAUGGCUAAGGGGCAAAUCAACUUCAUAAGCAUCUAAAUAUCUGGGACGUUGACGGAUACGUCUGGGGCAUUCUGUUGGAGUCCUAUCUCCUGCUGAUAGUCCACUACUAGCCAUGGGGGCAAUGCUAACUCAUCCGGCUCGAAGGACCAAAAAUUGUAGCGUAGGACCACAAUUUAACUGAGAACUGUAAGGUACAGUAGGGCGCUAGCCACCGCUCCCUGGCGUCCCUUACUAUGGACAAAGAUGCUGUGGACUCUCACUAAAUAACAGGGGAGGGACAAGGAUAUAAAGGGAACAACAUAAACAUUUAUUACACCACAAACAAAAUUAUGCACAAUUGCCUCACAAAUCUUAUACUAAAAUAUGUCCUGUCUAACUAUACUAAGUCCUACUUAAUACUAAACCUAAUGGUACCAAUGUUGCCCGGGGUUGGAGCUCAAAGGAGGACGUGAGGAUUCUGAUGCAGCCAGGAUGGAGGUCUGUGGAGAGGUCCCGAUGUUGAGGGAUUAUGUGCUCAGGUGUCCGCGGGAGAUGAAUGGGAGCUGUUCUCGGGUGAAGAGGGGAGGGGGUGAAGAUGUGGUCCAGAGGAGGAGGGGGUGAACUAAAGUCCUUAAGCUGGGGCCAGUUAAUGCUUGCUGGGAUACGAAGGACAAUGACGCCGCUAGCGAGACCUAGCUAGCCACUGUCGGGAAAACGAGAGCUAACAUUAAUCGGCGAUCUAACUUCAGUUCAAAGUCUGUUUGUUCCUCUUCAGGUACAAUCUUCACUGGUCUAAAGACAACUUGUUGUGCGGGUUAUUAAUCACCCAAAACUUCACCGAAGUAAUGAAUGAAUCUGUGGAAUACACGAAGCUGCUCCGAUCGUCUCCUCUUCUCAAACUUUCUCCUCUCACUCUCCCAGCUGACACACACACUCGCACCAAAUCACACGCGCACUGAUACAAACAUAUCAGCCCAAUUACAGCAACACUGAAAGGACGUAUAUCUCCGCUGUAUGAAUGACAUCGGGCACAACAACAACAAUAACAACUGUACAUCGCUGCAGUAACAAUAAUAAACAGGAUCUCAAAUAACAAACCAGAAGUAAAGAAGAAAGAGGGCUUAACUGGGCAGGGAGCAGCGGGAAGCCUAUGUUACUGCUUAGAGGGGUUCUUAAAGUAAAACUAUAAAACUAAUCUUCUAGCCACUUCUGAGUCUUCAAUACAACUAACAUUCACAAAAAGAGGUAAGAUCAGAGCAGAUUAACUGUCCUCAAGAUUUCAGCAGUGCAGCAUAACAUUAAGUGAUAUUCAGGUCAUCUGGUGAAAAUACUGUAUUUUUAAUAUCGCAAUAUAUAUCGCAGGGUUGAAAAAAUCGCAAUAUUAUUUUUUUCCAAUAUCGUGCAGCCUUAGUUUGGAUCAAGAACAGAAAGAGAGUGUCGUGGCCAAGAUCAUGAAAAAUCACCAAAAGCAAAUCGAGGAUGAAAAAUUCAAACAUGUGAAGUUUUUCCUUUUGUGUCAAAUCUCUUUAUCAGCCUCAGUAAAACAGACACUCACACGGCCGUAUAUUUGCAUGGAAUUAAACGACCUGCUGUGCAAAACAACUCAUCAUAUUUUUUGCCCACUUGAAUAAUUCCUGCACAGAUAUAAUUUGGACUGCCCCGCGCCUGACCUUGAUGCUUGAUAUCUGGAGUGGAUUGCUCUUCAGCGGUGCUGGCAGCUCUUUGGCCGGGGACUCUCGGGACUACAUAAAAGUCUCAACAAGCUUCAGAGCCAUUUGUUUAUACAUCUCAUUAUUUUCCUGCUUGUUCUUAGUUAAGUCUUUACUGGUUAUUUGCUCGAAGCUUUUAUGAGUCUGGCCCUUAUUUACAAUUAUAAGAGGAGGAUUGAAAUGUUAUUUGAGAUUAUUUAAAAUCGUGAGAAGGACCAAAAGGAGAGUAGAUAGUGUGAAAUAACACGGAGGAUAAGCCAUGCAACACUGUUUGUUUGUUUAUUAAUUAUGUGGAGGAUAAAACCUGAAAGUACUGAAAAUAUGAGCAAAUCAAAAGGAGCUACUUUUAGGAUAGUGGUAUUGAAAUAAAGGCAGAAAACUCCAAAUGCAUGUAGAUAUACCGCUGCAGUAUUUACACACAACAGCUGACUAAAACAGCCUCAUUUGGAGCGAUUGAAAAAGUGAAGGUAUCAAUGGAUGUCAGCAAACAGCCCAGAAUAAGACGUAUGAUUUAAGGUAGAAACAAGUUACUGAUUCAGAUCUUACCCCAUUAAUCUCUAUUUUUGCUGCCGCUGUCUCCAGGCUAUGAAGUAUAAUUGCUGUGUUUCUAAGGUUACACGCUCUUAACUUUACAGGCGGUAAGAAGCAGACGAAAAUGGAGGUCUGAUCCGCAGACAGAAAUUCUGGCAGAUUUCUAAUCCGUUUUGUGCUCUGCAGGUUUAAGUGCCACCUCGAGACAUGAUUGUGAUUAAAUAACAGUUGAGCUCAUGGUUUUGUCUUACUCACUAACUGGUCACUGCAUGAAACCAUCUCGCUGCUCUCACAUUACCGAAGCCUUUACUUCUAAUCUGGAACAAAUGCAAAGCAAUCUGAAGGCUGGAGUAUGAAACAGAAACCCAUCAGGUCUUAUUAAAUUAAGGAAAUCAUCCUGAUGCUGAAAAAUUUCUAAAUUAGAACAGUCCGAGCAGCUGAAAGAGCAGAGGUCCAUAAUGUUGGAUCACAGCAGAUAUAUGAAUGACAUCAGAUCCAGUCAGGAGCUCCUCUGGACCGGUCACCCUUCCCUGCAGAAAAGGACUUCUGUCAGGAAGUUCACCGCUCUUAUUAACCGUGAAUGAAAUAUAGUGUUGUAUACUUAAUUUGCUGAAAUUGCUUCAUACUGUUCCAGAGAGGUGGAGGUUCAUGAGCUCAGGAGGAGAGCAGGAACCCUCGGUGAACUGCCACUUCAGCCUUUUGUAACGACACAUUAGCCUGUCGAGGAAACGUAAAGGAGUCCAUCUUUGCUGUUCUUGAGUCCAGCAGCAUUUCAGCUCCUGCUGCUGCUGCUAAUCAGGGUUUUAGUCUCUAAAUCGAAGGUCGUCUUCCAUUUUACUCCUAAAAACCGUCUUAACAUGAAGGACAUUUAGUUUUGCCUGAACACGUUUGUUGAUUUUCAUUUUUGUCCUUGAUGUAAAUGAUUUCAUUUGUUGUAUUGUUGAUGAAAUAUUUCCUUCAAAAUUUCGAGUGUUUGGACAUUUGACAGCUAUUGAAUUUGUGUGUUUAGGUACUAAAAGCUAAAGUUGAGGAAGGAUCUGUUUUCCUGAAUAUACUGGAUAAACACCAACACAGACUAAAGUCGCUCAUUUUACUUGUGGAGACAAAAAAAGUCAACAUUAGAGGAGAUGUAGAAAUAAGUUUGAUGUGAAUGAUUCUUCUGUCAAAUCUGAAUUUACACCAAAUGAACUCUUGUUUACAAAGACAGAGCAGCCCCCGUGUUCACUCUCUCCUCAGGUCAUUAGACAAUCCUUCACUCUGUAUUAACAUUUCUUCACGACUACAUUAAAACUCCAAACAAACAUUUCCCCCCAACAGAAAAAUAAACGCACUUCUGUUAAUUAACUUUACCGCCACUGAGCACCUGCCGUUAAUGACCGGGGCAGGAUGUGGAUGUCACUCUCUGAUUGUUUGUUAAAGACUUUCUAAAUAUGCAGCAUGCCCCACUUCUGCGUACAAUCAGGAGUCCACGAUGGAGGACCCCCCCCCGUGUGUUUGCCUUUAUUCGGAGAUGAAUAAUACCCUGUGACGUGUUGUUCGCAGCGAUGGCCCCUCAUUGCAGCAGACACAGGUCACUGAUCAUUUUGUUUCUGAUUGAUCAGACUCAUUUUCUCUUCUCCUCUCCAGGAACAGCAGAUAUCUGCCCUCCCAGUAAAAUCACUUGCGUUGACAAAGCACUCGGUAAGAAACAAUCCCCCUUCAUUUCUUUUCUCAUUACAAUAAAUUCCCCCAAAGGGAAAUGGAAACACAAUCAGUAAAUAUGAUAAGGAUUUUUUUUUCGUCAUACAAAUACCCGAGGGUUCACUCUAUAUUUUGAAAUGACUUUCUCUCAUUGUGAUUUAGUCACUUUAGAGCUUGAUGGCUGUGCUGCCUCUAUUGUUGAAAUGUUAAUAUUAACCUGACAUUCCAUUCCUGCAUCUCCAUCCCCAUCCCCCUCCACCCAUAACUGACUCUGAACUCAGCCGCAGACGCUGGGACUGAACAAAGGUGCCGUGGUUUUCUCAGGCAUUGUGGUCGCGGUAAAAGAAGACUCUCCUAUGUGUCAGUGAAGACACAUAAUUAUCAUUUCACAGCCAAAUAAGCCCAAAAUUUAAUUACGCCUCUCUCAGCUGAAUUUAAAGACUAUUUGAAAGAGGGUUGAAUGAAAUCUUAGAUAUAUCUCAAAAAAUGAGGCGUAUUCAUGUGGGCCGUAUUCCUAAAUCAAAUAGAGUGAAUAAAUUCAGCUCCUGUGAAAGGAAAUAAAUUAAAGUCGGAUUUAUAUAUUCCUCUUGUAAAGGUAUUUGUUCCAUAAUCAGAAUAAUCCAGAUCAAGGAUGCAUGCCAGCGUCACUCUGCAUACUAAUAAUGCUAUUGUUAAGAUUAUUCAACAUAAAUGAAAGUCAUUACUCAUUUUAUUGCCCAGUCGUUGUCCGUUCUGACUGUGAGGAUGUUUAAAGGUUGAUUAGUGAAAGGUUAUCACAGAGAGCAUGAAGACACGCCUGAGGGUUCAGUAGAGUUGAGAUUGUGGGUUUCUGUUUGUAAACACAUGAGAAAAUUAUACAUAAGCCUGGGUCAUUCUUACAUUACCAUCAGCAGCAGUGACUGAAUCACUGCUAACUGCAGCCGGUGUUUCCAUUUACUGUUCUGAAUAUGCAGAAAGCCGCUUUUAUGGUAUUAUUUAAUGUGUUUGUAAUGUGGCACGGUCUGAUAUUUUAUCGUUUUUCUUCAUUUCUCUGCAGCCUGCUGAUUAUUUCUUUAAAACCUUUAAGAAAUUAAUAACGUUGGUGCAGCUGGAGGACUCGUAAUCUGGGCGUGAAAGUUCGAUUUGGUGACGCUGAGCUCUGGCACCAAAUGUGUCUUCAGCUCACAAGAAUACAAAAGUUUCUGAUCAGCCUCCAUUAAACCUUUACAGAAACUCUUUAAUAUAAGACCUGAUUACUCGUGGUCUAAAAUACACUGUGGUCACAUUUUAAAAGAUGUUUGGUUUCCCACACACAUUCAUGUAAAUCCCGGUUUGAGGUCUUCAUAUUACAAUUCAAGCCUGCGAAAAUCCUUUGGGUGCAUGAUGGAUACCUGAAAGGUGUCCAGGGAGGACUUGUGUGUGAUACAAUUAAAGAUCCAGCCCUGUAUCUACUCUAUCUUAUAUAUUAACAGACAACUCAGAGCCUAAACCACUCAGUGUCAUUUCUUUAAACAAACAUGUUGUUGUUGAUGAAACCUCGUUAUGGCGGUGACAGAGACCCUGCUCUCUGGUCCUUGUCGACUUCACCCAGCUUUACAUUUUAACACGGUUCGGUUGUCAUUAAUCUUGUUUCCAGCUGCUGUUUUUUCUGUCUUGCCAAGCAUCAAACCACAAACUGAAGCAGUGACCAGCUCAUGAGUAUUAAAUGACUACUUUGGUAUUACUGUGUCUGCAAGAUCCACAAAUGUUACCUGGUGUGUGCAGAAGUUUGGUUCGAUGCUGUAUCUUGUAAACUUCUCUAUUAAACUCUGAAGCUGAGCCAGUCCAUCCUUUAAAGUCCUGUUUCACUGUGUUGCAGCACAGCUACAAAAGAACAGUGGGGAUACCUGUCCAUGCGAGACACCGUGCAAUCUCACCCGCUACGGUAAAGAGCUCUCCAUGGUCAAAAUCCCCAGCAAGGGUUCUGCUCGCUAUCUCUCUCGGAAAUACGACAAGUCGGAGGACUACAUCAGGUACAACGGGGACCUUCACCAGGAUCACACAUAUGAGUGUGGGGGUGGAAUUAAAAAGGGUCUUAAAAAUUCGACCUUUAAUCGUAAACAACUCCCAUAAACAUAAACAAAACAAACGAUAGUUAAAGUACGUCUGCAUCAUUUUACUCAUCAGGAGUUCAUCAUCAAUUCUUUGGUAUUUGCUAAGAUGGAACAUUCAUGGUCAAAUAUAUAAACACAAAGACCUGAAAUACAAAUUCAAUCAAAUCUUUCUUUCUUUCUCUCUCUCUCUCUCUCUCUAUCUCUAUCGCUCCCUCCCUUCCUUCCUUCCUCCCUUCCUUCCUUCCUUCCUUCCCUCUCGUUAGCCUGUUAAAUGAUAAAAAAUAAACUUUGAGAGUCACAUCACUAAAGGAUAUAAUUUUCUACCAAAAUUUAGAUUUGAAUUAAAAUAGUUUUGAAUUAAUUUAAACUUCCGGAUGUUUUGAUAUUUUCAUCCAUAAUUUAGGGGAUAAAUAUAUAUAUUUAUAUAUACCAGAGCUCCUAUUUUGCCCCAUUCAUAUUUUUAUUACAACAAUCAUCAUAAAGGAUGAAAUUUCAUAGAUAUAAUAAUGAAGACAUGUUGACAGCUUUGCCUCCAUUAGUCUGCUACAGUAUCAGCGGUUGGUGGGAACAUUUUUUGUAUAGUGUGUGUGUGUGUGUGUGUGUGUGUGUGUGUGUGUGUGUGUGUGUGUGUGAGAGUGAGUGUGUGUGUGUGUGUUAAAUGUGUACAUGUAAUUAUAAAUGCAUUUGUAUCCCCAUUUUACUUGUUUAUGUAUUUUUGUUUUCCUGUUAAUCUAAAAAUAUUUUUUAUUUUAUUGUUCCUGUUUUUUCUUCUUUCUUUUUAUUUCUCUCCCUCUCCUUCUCCUCGUUACCCAAGUAAAAAACAUCUUGGAUCAUAAAACACAAACUAAUCACCUUUAAUAUAAAUCCAAACACCCUCCUUCAGAUCUCUCCGUGUCUGUAAGCCUGUGGACUGUUUGUCAUGUUAUCAAAAAUACCAACCAAAGUUAAAAGAAGGACAUCCAAGAGAAUGACAUGUCUCCUCACACUUUUCAUUCUAACUUUAUGAUUUUUCAUGAUAUGUAAAAUAACAGCAACAUAUCAUAGGUAAGUGCAAACAACAGAAGGAACAAGAUGGGUUGAAUAGUUUGAGUUAUUUCUUAUUGUUUAGUAAGUUUAAUAGAGUUUCUUUCUUUUUAAUUUUUGAUUAUUUGUUUUUUUCAUCAACAACGGCUCGCUGUUGAAAAUAGAGAGAUUUUAAUCACUUACAUAAAGAUUGUCAAGAGUCACAGAGAUUUUUCUCAUCAGACAGAAAUUCAAACUCAUCACAUUUUAUUUAAAGUUGGACACUUAAACCUGCGGCCAUCAUCAGAGACUCGACGUUUGAUCAUAUCCAGGAUGAUGUGUUAUUUGCAGAUGAUGGGUACUUGGAUCAGCAGCACUUAUUGUACCUAAAAUACACUUCGACUGUCGCUCCUCUCUUUGCCUAAUUGCCUGGGAUGUGGGAAAUGUAAGCACACCCAUUCCAGAAAGCUCAUGAUGCCUCACAACACUUAAUAUUAUCAGACUUUCUAAAUCCAGAGAGAUCAGAGACGUGGCACUGACUGAGCGUGCUGUCAGCGCUGGUUCUGCUCAUCUCCGUUAAACCCUGAAACACCUCAUUAUCUCACAAUCACUGCUUAGAUCUGUGUAAAGCCCUUUAGGCCUGACGGUCCCAUCAUGACAUUUUACAGUGAGCAUCAAAUGACUUCCUAUAAUAUUUUGCAAACUAUGUUCGAUUUGUAAAGAAUUGUAGAUGCGGUACAUGUGUUUUUUUUUCACUGUUUGACACUCACGCUCUGCUUGUUUUUCCAGAGACAACUUCCUAGUCUUAGAUAUUUUCUUUGAAGCUCUGAACUAUGAAACGAUCGAGCAAAAGAAAGCCUACGAUGUUGCAGGUUUAUUAGGUAAGAUUUCUGUCGCUUGUUCCUCUCUGUCUGAAUCUCUGGUCGGUGAAGUGUGUCGCUGUUACUCGUAUCAUCGCCUUUUAGUCGCGAACAGGAACAGUCUUGUUACCUCUUCCUGUGGAUGUUUUUCUUUUAGGUGACAUCGGUGGACAGAUGGGUUUAUUCAUCGGAGCAAGUAUCCUGACAGUCCUAGAAAUACUGGACUAUAUCUAUGAGGUACGGAGUCUUUGCAAGUCUGAACACAUCAGAUAAUCAAACAGGGAUUGAUUGGAAAUAAUCACUGAAAAUUAGUAGUUAGUUGUAGUAUUUAGUAGUACUUUUCAUGACUGGGGUGGUGAGAAUGUGAUCACUUGUUAUGGAUGUUAUGACUCUGAUUUCCAGGCCGGGGUAAUUUAAUUCCACCUCGGUCUGAGCUGAGGACCUGCAGGAAACACUGAUCAUGAAAAGGGUCCUCCUGUGAUUUCUACAGAGAGACAUGUUUAAGCAGAGCAGAAUGUGGGGGAGGACUGAGUGCAGACAUCUCUGUGCAUGCUCUCUUUGCUCUGCUGUUCCCCUGCUUACCUUUGCUCUUUAACCUCCAGAUGAUCAAGCACCGUCUUCAACGUCUGCUGAGACCCCAAAAGGAGGAAAAGAAGAGCAAGCAGCAGACCAGCACUGUUGCAACAGUGGGUCUGGAGGAGAUGAAAGUAAAGGUACAUGAUGUUUGUGAGCAUGCAACUUUCACACAAGAAUAACCUGGGGUGAGACGAAUGAUGAUAUACCUCACUGAAGAAUGCAGUGUUGGUAAUUAUUCCUAAUUACUGCAGGAAGCACACCCAGUCCUAGGAGCUUUGAUUUGUUUCUGCACACCUACAUGUUGAAGCUGCUUGUUUCUCAACAAUAGCUGAUUUAUUUUCAUGUGUCAGAAUUGACUUUGUAAUCUCCGAGAUACGGCCCUGAAGUGGACUUUUCUGUUGUGCCUCUGACAGGACUCCAAAGACAUGACAAGAAGUCACCCAGAGGGGGCCUACGCCAACACAAUUCUCCCGAACCACCACAACCCUCGCUCUCACCAACGCCAUGCCGGGCACCAUGGGGUGUUUGAGGACUUUGCUUGUUAGAGUCGACCAUUGUGUCUGUCCUGGUGACAACAAAAGAUAGGAGCUGUCUCUGUUGAGAUUAAUGACAGACCUUUCACAUUUCCGUCUGUCAUUUGCUGUCGCCAGUGAAAAGCUACAGCCAAAGUUGAACACCAAACAUGUACUGCUAACAAAGCACUUGUCAUACAGUAUAGGCACAAAUUGGACACUGCUUUUACCUUCUUUUUUUUACCCUCUUUUAAUGGGACUCCUCUCAACUGUAUCCAGCUACAGGCAACAGGCCGUGUGAUUUUAGGACAAGAGUUUUUGGUACAUGACCACAAAAAAGGAACAAGAUGAGGAAUGCAUGACACCACGAUAUUGUUUAUACUCCACAAGGGGGAAAGAAUAAUUGAUUUAUUGAUCGAGCAUCCUUGAUUUUAUUUGUCUAUAUUCACUCAUUUAUCUCUCCUAAGACUGUUCUUCCUAUUUAAUGGAAAACACAGUGUACCCUAUCGAGCUGUUGCACAAUAUUAAUUGCGGUAUGUAUAAUUUCAUAAGAUACUAUUAUCUACAGUAUAUGUUCUAUAUUGUAUUCAAGAUGUUCCUUAGUGAGCGAAUAUUAGGAGUGUUACAUCCAUUGAAAAUAUGAGGGGCUUGAUUUAGGCUGAACUGUAUGACAUUAGAAGAUUUAGCAGCAUUUCUCCACAUGAUACACUUUGUCUGGUUUGUGGUCAAGGUGUUAGAGAGUAGCAUUUUACCUGUACAUAAAGUCCAAUUUUGAAGACGUUCAAAAAGUUACGUUUCAAUGGUUGUUGCUUAUAUUUAGUUGACAUAUAACUAAUGGAAUAUUAAUUUAUAUGUUUUAGAAAAUACUUUAAUACGACAAUAAUUAUCACAAUUGUAGCAAUUACUGUACACUGAUGAUCUGCAGGAAUGUUGAACUGCCGAGCGUUGAUAUAUUUGUACAGGUAAAGGAAACAGACGCUGUUGUCAGAUGGAAAUGUCCCUGCGCAGGGCUGUGGGCGUAUGAUCGGUCUUUUUUUAGGUCAUUUCAUUUCCAUCUGCAGUCCACUCUUAACUUUGGUUGGCCUCAUGACUUUAAGCUGACAUAAGCAAUAAGAAACUGAAUUUUAUUUUUUGCACAGUCAUCUACUCCAGCGUGUGGACCAGUACUGUAAAAGUGUAGCAGUUAUUUACAGUGAAGACACCCUCAUGUGUGUGUAAGUGUGAAUGGUGGGUAUGAGUUUACUUGCAUGUGCACUUCAACAACAUCUUGCACACAACUAAGCACAUUAGCCUGACGUGGCUGCUGAGCUGAAAGGAUGUAUGAAAGUAAGAAGAGCUGGAGAGACAAAGAGGAGUUUUAUUGCGGCGUUAAAGGUGUUGAUCGGUAAAUGAGCUCUAUAUUCAGUUUAACUCUAAAUUACUCCCAGAUGCUCAGGUGCUUUAAUCUGUCAACAUGAUCCUGAUGCUUGGGACAGAGCAACAACAACGACGAUACAGAGAUGGACAAAUCUGAAAUAAAGGAAAAAAUGGAGACAUUAAAUCCCCCUUUAGUGUGUCGUUUUUUUAUGGGAGGUCAGCUGGCUCACUUGCCCUUUUGCACUGCAGGAAAUUAACAAUCUACAACCUUUGGCUUCACCUAACCUGAUCCUGAAUGGACUUUUGAGGCGGAGAUAUGCAGUUUAUCCCCCCAGACAGUUUGGAUUUACACAAUUGAAAAAUGACAUGUAACUUUACUGUGUGAGAAAACCGAGUAGAACAAUCAAGACAGAAGAGCAGACAUUGAUUUUCUUUAUUCCUCCAGAGCAGAAACAUGUCAGCCGGUGUCAGUCAGGUCCAGAUUUGAGAUUAUUCACUCAGUUAUUCAGUUUUAUUUGGUGCGUGCAGCCUUAUCACAUAAAGUCAUGGUGAGAUUUAUACCUUCAGUUUCUGCAUUAAGACAUCAAACACUUUAGUCGUUAAAUUUAUUCAUAUUUGAGUUAUUCCUCAUGCUGAUUGUGUGUCAUUGCAGGAUCAUAACCACAUUUCUGUUCUUCAUUCUCACUCUGUAUGUGAGCAGGAGUUAAUGUCGCCAUAUUUGUUUGUUAUAAUCUUUGUCUUCACGUGUCCCACGACGAUCAUUUUCAUUAUGUUAUUUUCAUAUUAUCAAUACAUCCAUAUACUACUGGUGAUGAAGCUUCAAGUCAAAAACAAGGUAACCAAUGAGAGUUUAAAGUGUUAUUAAGAUUCACCUGUAGCAGACAGAGAAUCCCUGACCAAACAGAAGUAUGUUGAAGAGUACUUCAAGUUUACUGUUUUUGGACUAAGUAUGCUCUCAGUUUACUUUUGAUGCACUUUUCAGAGAUAUACUGAUAAAAAAGGUAAUGUCAAGUAUUCUUGGUUUGUACUAAGAAUUAAACUUGAAGUCUGAAUAUAUUUAACCCAUACUUAUACUCAAACGUUUGAUCCAGAUACACUCAAGUAUGUACUUGUGCCUUGGGUUUAAGUAUACUUCCUCAGUGAAUACUUCCAUAUAUCUUUUUAAGCGUAUACCCUAAAAAGAUAAGUAGUACAAGCCAAGUACAUGAAUAUGUACUACUAUUGAAAUAAUAGCAUACCAAAAGUAAUUUAAGUUAUGCUUCAGAGUCAGCGCGCAAAUACCAAAGUAUACUUUAGGAAGUAUACUAGAAUGAACUUCAGUAUACUCCGUAAACUGUACUCGAGGUAAACUUAUUUUUGGUGUGGGAUGUCAUAGGUAAGGAAAAACUCAUUUUAAGAAGCAAAAACCUUGAGCAGCAUCUAAGUAAAUAAAUAAAUGUAGAUGAUGGUGAGACAAACGAAAAAAAAAAGCCUAGAUUCCCAAACAGCCUUUCGCAGUUACGGCGGUAAAAGUCCAGCUAACUGAAGCACGGCUCCAAAUCAUCAUGAGGAAAACUACAAAAACAACAAAACAACUGUUGAUGGUCUCUUAAGUUCCUGCAGUGGAAAAAUAGAAGCUGGACCUGACAACCAAAGAACUGGAUGUGUAAAUAAAAUGACUAUAAUUUGUAAAGACUCUGCAGCUGUUGACUCCAUAGAAAGAGUCCCUUUUUGCUUCUUAGUACAGGGUAAAGUUAUCCCAUUUACCACCCUUAAAAACUCCUCAUGGGUUCACCUUGAUGUCAGUUGGUCCACAGGUACCCUUCAAUAAGUCCUUAUCUCUGUAUUCAGUGUCAUGAAAAACCACACAGUGACACAACAGCAGAGAUGGAUGUGCACACAGAAGUCAGUCUUUCAUAGUACGAUGUCCAAUCAUCCUUUUAUACAUUUCACAAAGUCAGAGGACAGAGAAGAGCAUCGUCCAGAGUAGAUACAGCUGUUACACAGGGGCAGAUAAGCAAUAUCACAAACUAUCACAGACUGUUUCAUCUUGGUGGAUAUGUCGAUCAUCAUUCUAACUAUCCAGGUGAUGCUGCGGCACUUUUAGCCAGUUUUAGUGUUGCUCAGUGGAAUAAUACUCACCUUUUUCAACCUCUAAAGACCGUCUGGUAAAUUUGUGUAAAGCUUUGCAUCACUAAUGAUCACCUUUACAAACUACCAUCUCUGGUUAAUUUAAAGGAUGUCUUCUGUUACCGCGUCGUCUUCACCUCACCGUAGCUCAUGAUGUGAUUUCUCAGUCCUCCAUCUGUCAAAUCCCCUCCUCCUGUCAAAUAAUCAUGGGCUAUACAUGGCUGUUUAAUAUUCAUAAUCAUGUGUCACUUUGACAUUUUCAAAAGGUUCCCAAUCACAGUCUCUGAUGGCAUUCUGUACAGGCUAUGCAUAACAAUCUUCUCCUCUGUCAUCAAUAAUUGUAGCUAUCCUCAGCCAAGUCACACAGGGGCUGGUGUGUUGACAUGAAUACCGGCUGCUUUCUCGCUGAAAAGCCGGGCUUAGAUGGUCGACUCUGCGGUGUUUUGAUUCUGAUACUAUGUUAGGCUUCACUCUUGAGCAAAACCUGAUGAUUCUCUGUACAAAAGUGGUUGAAAUCACAGACAGGUCCAUUACAAAGAGGCUUGUGUCUGUGUUAGGUGCUGUUAAAGACAGGUCGGCCAUGUUACAGAAGGCUAAACUCCCCAACGCCACGACAUGUAGCUCACAUGCUUGACAUUCCUCACGCCUCUGACCUCCCUGCCUCUUUUUACGGCACUGUGAAAUACAGCCUGUUUGUGCUUGUUUAUUACGAUUACUCUCCAUUAAAAAAAAAAAAAACAUCUGAUUGGAACAACUGAUGAGAAAUUUUAGAUAUCUGCUGCCACGUCUCUUUUUGAGCAGACGGUUUUUCUAGCAGCUGAAAAGAAGAAUAAAUAAGAUGAGGGUGGCACACACACAGAUCCGUGUUUCAUCCUGAUGGAAACAGAUUUGGUGUCAAAACUCCCUUUCAUUUGUACAGCAGUGUGAAACCAUGUUUGUUUUCUUUCUUGGAACACGUUUUAUAAAUGUUAAGUAUGGUAACCACAACACCUAUUAAAGUUUAGAUUGGUAAGACCAGUGCCUCUUGAAUCUGGAGCCAAGGUGACUCUCUAGUGUCUGUUUUUUCUUUUCACCAGACAGUCAAUUUCUGGACUAUUUAAAGAUUUUUUAUCACCGAGCCGUAAAUUACAAGGAAUACAUAUUAAAGAGAGCUUAAGUGCAAAACCUAAAUUGUUUUUUAUUUUUACAAAAAUAUGGAAAAAGCGGUUUUACCACAAGUGUCCAGGUGACUUAGGACUUCAUCCCUGCAGGAGAAGAAAGUCCAGGAAUAAAACGUCAAAGAAAACUAAAAAAAAAAAAAGACUCACAAUUAACUCAGAGUUCCUCUGUUAUUAUGUGGUUUUACAGCGCGCUUCAGGGCAGAGCGUACGGACCCUUGAAAUAACUAAAGCUGUAAUUAUGGUUGUAACGUUUUCCCUGAUUUUACACAACCCAUACAUGAGGAGCUGACAGUGAAAGGACUGUUUAACGGCAGCGCUACUGAUCACUGGCUGGAAACACGAUGAGAUAAACAUAUCCGAUUAUAUUAAGAUAUGAUUCAAUUACUCUGCUCUGUUUGGUCCAUGCAGACCACAGUGAUCCAGCUCACAUGCUGCAGACGGCAGCCUCCCGCGCUCCUGUACUGACAUCUACAGGAUCGACCCACACACAGAAAUUCAGACUGGAAACAGAGAAAUGUUUGUCAUAAAAAAAAGAUCUUUAUUUAUAAUUACAAUAAUUCACAGUUCAUUAGGAAUACCACCACACGUUUCUUUGUGAUGAGGAUUUGUUCAUACGUAUUGCUUUGGUUUCACUCGUACCAUAUGCAUAAAUGCUGAAAACUGACAGAUCACAGCCUCCAUCCACAUUAUUCUUAAAAGAAUUCCUCGCAUGAUUUAAAGCACAAAGUCAGAUACAGUAGGUUUUAUUGUAAAGUAUAAAACUUUGACUCAGUAACACAAUAAAAAGAAGCUACAAAACAGUCUUUCAAAUAUUCAGACACACAGGCUACUGAGGAUGUCACGAGAGCCUGAAUUCUGCAUAAUUCAUAGAAAAAUGACGGAUAAAUAAAUAAUGGACAAACUCUGUGAGACUUGCUCAGCAGUGGCGGUUAUGUUACUAAUAAAUCUAAAACAUUAGCAUUGCUUUUCACCGAUCAUGUCGCCAUUGGGCCGGGGUGAUACAGAUCAGCAGAAUAACUUCUCAUUGACAUGUAUGUCAGCCUUCGAUCCUUCACAGUGUUUUCUUAUAAUCAAUUCCCAAUUCUGCACAAUAUUCGUCAGACUCUCCAAAGAAUCAAGGAAACCGUUGUUACAACAUCAGCUGAGUUCUGUCAUGGUGGAGAUUUCUUCCGUUAAGAAGGAGAUGUUAGGAAAUCAUUGCAAAAGGCGAAACUAUCUGACCUCGGUGAUCUGAACUCACACGGCAAAGAAUACUGCCAACACGAAGUUUAGAGAGGACUUAUCCUUACUGUAUCUGUGUCAAGUUAAUUAAAUUAUCAAAGUGUCUAGUGUCAGCGAAUUACAUUAAAGGAUGUGUCAAAGAAAUAACAGAAAACAGUGUAUAAACUUUACAUCUAACAGGAAGUACCGAUUGACCGCCAUGACCAGAAGUACCACAAAAACACCGCUGUCCUGUCUGUCCUCUUUUGGACACCCUUCCAGGCAUCUUAUCACUAUAAAGCAAUAUUGCACAUUUUUCAUUCAUAUAUAAUAUAUAUAUAAUAAAACAUAAUAUACUGUAUAUAUAAUACAAAACCCAAUUCCAAUGAAGUUGUGAAGAUGCGUAAAUCGUGAAUAAAAACAGAAUACAAUGAUUUGCGAAUCCUUUUCAACCCACAUUCAAUUGAAUUCACUAAAAAGACAAGAUAUUUAAUGCUCAAACUGAUAAAUGUUAUUUGUUUUUUGCUAAUAAUUAUUCACUUUAGAAUUUGAUGGCAGCAACACGUGACAAAGAAGUUGGAAAAGGUGCAAAAAAGACAGAAAUUUGAGGAAUGCUCAUCAGGAACACGUCAGAAAACCACUGUCAGUAAAUAAAGUUUGUCGCUCCAUCUGUAAGUUAAAACUCUACUGUGCAAAGAGAAAGCCGUUUAUCAACAACAUCCAGAAACGCCGCCGGCUUCUCUGGGCCCGAGCUCGUCUAAGAUGGACUGAUGCAAAGUGGAAAAGU